CAGUGUUUUUAAGCAGCAGAUAAUCGUAUCUGUUAACUUGAAGCAUCACUAAAGACUACAGCAAUGGAUGCAACACUUUACACUGCGAUAUGUGUAGUUCUGACUUUGGCUGUUCUAUAUAUUUUCAGUAUUUCAAGCAACUGGAAAAAAAACAGUAAAACCCCCCAAAAUAAUUUUCCUCCUGGUCCCAGACGUCUGCCACUUAUUGGAAAUUUGCACAAUGUCGAUUUAAAGAAACCGCAUCUGGCUUAUUUUAAGGUAAGAAGGUGUCUUUUUAAUUGGAGAAAACAUUUCGUUUACAACACUUCCAUUUCUAUUUUAGUUUUCAGAUUACAUGCUAAAGUGGAAUAAAGAUCAGCCUAUCUACUUAUUAAUACCCCAGGAUAAAUUCAUUAUUUUCUUUAUUCUGUUAUAUUUCUAGGGUUCAUGCCCAGAGUGAGUGGGUACCACUCAUACUGACCACCUCUGUUGGGAAUAUUUCUCAUACAGGGAUGUUAGUCAUUUCUUCUAGUGUCUGCAUGCUAAAGUGCUAUAUAUAUCUGUAUGUCUGUCCUUCUACAUAUCUAAUACUGGCAAAAGUCAAGUUAAAUAUAUUGAAACCUGAAGAUUGACCCGAAAGUCAACAACAGAAAGGACUUAGUGGGUAAUGGUGGAAUGGUAAUUUACCCUCUACUCUUUCAGUCUUCUAUGGUAAUUUCUUUUCCAAGUUAAAUAUAUGUUGAGAAAGCAAAAUUAAACAUGCUUUCAAAAAUCAAUUGGAAUUUUAAACUUGUUGCGUGAGACCCAGAGGAAUGAAUUAUAAAUAAAAUGUAAUUAAAUUAACUGUGAAAUAAUAUACCGCAUAUACUCGAGUAUAAGCCGACCCGAAUAUAAGCCGAGGCCCCUAAUUUUACCCCCAAAAACUGGGAAAACGUAUUGACUCGAGUAUAAGACUAGGGUGGGAAAUGCAGCAGCUACUGGUAAAUUUCUAAAUAAAAUUAGAUCCUAAAAAAAUUAUAUUAAUUGAAUAUUUAUUUACAGUGUGUGUAUAUGAUGAAUGCAGUGUGUGUGUAUGAAUGCAGUGUGUGUAUGAGUGCAGUGUGUGUAUAUGAGUGCAGUGUGUGUGUAUGAGUGCAGUGUGUGUGUGUGAUGCAGUGUGUGUGCAUAAAUGCAGUGUGGUAUGAGUGCGCAGUGUGUGUGUAUGAGUGCAGUGUGCGUGUAUGAAUGCAGUGUGUGUGCAUAAAUGCAGUGUGUGUAUGAGUGCAGUGUGUGUGUAUGAGUGCAGUGUGUGUAUAUGAGUGCAGUGUGUGUGUGUGUGAUGCAGUGUGUGUGUGUGUGAUGCAGUGUGUGUGUGUGUGUGAUGCAGUGUGUGUGAUGCAGUGUGUGUGUGUGUGUGUGGCAGAGCCUUGGUGGGGGGGGGUGGGCAUUUUUAUAAAAAAAAAAAUAAUAAUAUUAUUUUAAUUUUUUUUGUUAUAUUAUUUUUUUUAUUAUUAUUAUUUAUAUAUUAUUAAUUAAUAUUUUCAUUUUUUUGUUAUAUUAUUAUUUUUUUUAAUUAUAAUUAUUAUUAAUAUAUUAUUAAUUUAUUUAUUUUGUUGUCCCCCCUCCCUGCUUGAUACAUGGCAGGGAGGGGGGCUCUCCUUCCCUGGUGGUCCAUUGGCAGUUCAGUGGGGGGAGGAGGGGGGUUGGCAGAGUUGUUACUUACCUCUCCUGCAGCUCCUGUCAGCUCCCUCCUCCUCCGCGCCGGUCCGUGCAGCUCUUCUGGCAGCUCACACUGUAAGUCUCGCGAGAGCCACACUAUGACCCCGCGGCUCUCGCGAGACUUACACUGGGAGCUGACCGAGGUGCUGCACGGACCGGCGCGGAGGAGGAGGGAGCUGACAGGAGCUGCAGGAAGGUAAGUAACAACUCUGCCAGCCCCCAGUCUGUAUUAUGGCAAUGUAAAUUGCCAUAAUACAGACUGACUCGAGUAUAAGCCGAGUUGGGGGUUUUCAGCACAAAAAAUGUGCUGAAAAACUCGGCUUAUACUCGAGUAUAUACGGUAACAAUAGUCUUUUAAAAUGGACUUUAGGGGACAUGUGCUAUUAAAGGACAGAAAAAUAGACAUCAACAAACCAUUUGUACUUUUAUAUAUAUAUAUAUAUAUAUAUAUAUAUAUAUAUAUAUAUAUAUAUAUAUAGCACUAGUAUUCUAAAAUAGAGACUUAGCAAAUGUCAUAACUGUGCAAAUAUAUUCACAAAUGGGAACUAUGUUAGCAUGCUGAAUUAUUAUAUUUAACUGUUAUCUAUUUUAUGCAAAUGUGCAUUUUUAUUCACUAUUUAUUAUAGUUGCACAAUUAUUUUAUUUAUCUUGAUUGUGAAUGGUUAAGGAGCAAAUAAAGAAAAUGAGACAUGUUAUUAAGCAUUUUUUUUUAUUUUCUUGUAACAUUCAUAGUUCUUAUCAAUUCAUCAAUUGAGGCUGGUGAGCACAUAUGCAUGUGUGUGUACACUUUUCUUUUUUCCUUUUCCCUUUUUACUUUGAAUUGUUUUACUUUACAUUAAUUGUUAUUUAUAUUUAUUCAAUGGCUGUUUUAUUAGUUUUUUAUACUGAUUCAUUAGCAGUACAGAUUUAUCCAAUGGGAUUAGAUUUGUACACCCUAUUAUGUGCGUACGAUUAUGCAUAUGAUUGAGUAAUAAACUUUGAUUAGUGGAUACAAUUAAAUGUCCCCAAUAUAAAAAAUCAACAUGUGCCUAUGAAUUAGGACCUAUAAAAAUAUUAAAGCAAGUUCUCUUUACUCUGCUAUCGUCCCUCUAUAUCAAGUAUCAUUUUUUUUUUUUUUUUAUAUAAGGAUUUCAUGAGGAAUCUUAUUUUGGAGGUUUGUAAGUAGUAGCAAAUCAUAUCUCGUCUUGUUUAGUCUUUCUGCAGUAGCUAAUAGUGGGAUCAACGCAGAAUAAACAAUAGCAGAAAAAGUGGAUAGUGAGCCUACUGGGUGUUAAAGGUUAUGGGAGCAAGAGUUCACGAUUAUUGGGUUAUGAGAACAGAAGUAUGGAAAAGAUUAGAAUGUAAGUAGGGACAAAUAAAUAUAACUGUAAAUAGAAUUAUUGUAAAGUUGCAGUAUCAAUCAAGGAGAAAUCAGGGCCGGAUUAAGAACACAGUGGGCCUGGUGCUGACAAUUAUGAUGGGCCUAAUUACGGAAUCUUAUCGACCAAAAACACUAAAACAAUCAUACCUCCCAAGCGUCAUGUAUCUGAUGGAGAUGGUACUGGAGGAAAACUCAUAGGAUGCAGCUAUAAGAAAACACAUACCCUAUGCUAAUUUCUUUCUAAUUUAUGCUUUCAUCUUUCAAGUAAAUCCAUAACCCCUAACAGCAGUGUCCAGUGAAGCUGGAAGUCAAUGGGAGAGGUAAAAGGGUGGGCCACUGGCGCGAAUCACGUGACAAGACCUGCCAAAGUGGUGAACAUGCCCAAAAAGGGGGCAUGUUUGUCCAAAGAAUUGGAAGGUCAGCCUGGCAUGAAUGCACGUCAGGCUGCCUGCCAAUCCUGCAGGCUGUCCAACUAAGGGCAUACUAUGCAGGCAGCACCUUACGCUUUACAUAAAUGCAUCUAAUGAUGCGUUCACUCCAUUCUUUCUAAGGACUGUCCCCUAGCACUCGCUGGUCCACUUGUCUCCUUGCCUUCUUACUAGCAGGCAGAAGUUCCUGGUAUAGUCUGAGACAGAGAAAAGGUGUCUGUAGUGAGUGUAGAAGAAAGGGGACAUGCCACAGUGUUAGAGAGACCAACGUCUGCAUUACCUAAACUAACUUUAAUGUCAGCCAGUGCACACAAGUUUUGUUCCCAUACAUCCCUCUUAAGCUUCCAAACUUAAAGGGACACUAUAGUCACCAGAACAACUACAGCUUAUUGUAUUUGUUCUGGUAAGUAGAAUCAUUCCAUUCAGGCUUUUUGCAGUAAACACUGUCUUUUCAGAGAAAAUAACUCCACUGGCCGCUCCUUAGAUGGCUGCUAGAGGUGCUUCCUGGGGCAGUACUGCCUAGUGUGCAGCACUGCCAUUCAGUGUCUCCACCCUCUGCAUGCAGACACUGAACUUUCCUCAUAGAGAUGCAUUGAUUCAAUUUAUCUUUAUGAGGAGAUGCUGAUUGGCCAGGGCUAUGUUGGACUUGUGCUGGCUCUGCCCCUGAUCUGCCUAGUUCACAGUCUCAGCCAGUCCUAUGGGGAAGUAUUGUAAUUUGCUCAGACCACCACUUCUGAGCCAGCAGCUGCAGAAUUGAAUACAAGUAAUAUUUUACUGUAUUUAGGGAGGGAAGAAGGGGCCAGGGUGGUGGUUUUAACAUAAUAGGGUAAGAAAUACAUGAUUGUGUUCCUGACACUAUAGUGCUCCUUUAAGCAAGAGUAUGUGAAGAGUAGUUAAGGUUGCCACCUUUCUUGAAAAAAAAUACCAGCCUUAAUCAUUUGUAUAAUUAAUUAGUUAUACAUGUAAAUCACAAGGAGUGACAUCAGAGAAAAUUCUGUAAAAUCAACAACAAACUACUCACAGUUUGCUCCCAGUGUCUCCCUGUCUCCCAGUGUCUCAGUCUCGCAAGUCAUCCAGUGUCUCAGUGUCUCUAUGUAUCACAGUGUCAGUGUCCCCAUGUCACCCAGUCCCCUAGUCUCCCAGUGUCUGUGUCCCCAUUUCUCCCAGUGUCCCAAUGUCUCAGUGUGUCCACAUGUCACUAGGAUACUGGGGACACAGAGACAUGGGGACACUGAGAGACCCGGGGACACAGAGACAUGGGGACACUGAGACAUUUAGGGAAACUGGGAGAAAUGGGGACACUGAGACACUAGGGACACAGACACUGGGAGACAUGGGGACACUGAAACAUUUGGGGACACUAAGACACUAGGGACACAGACAUGGGAACACAGACACUGGGAGACUAGGGGACACUGGCUGGGAGACAGACACUUAGGGACACUGGGAGACAUGUGGACACUGGGACAUAUAGGGACACUGGGAGACAUGGGGACACCAGGCACACUGAGACACUAAGAACACAGACACUGGGAGACAUGGAGACACUGAAACAUUUGGGAACACUAAGACACUAGGGACCCAGACACUGGGAGACUAGGGGACACUGGGAGACUAGGGGACACUGGGAGACUAGGGGGCACUGGCUGGGAGACAGAUACUUGGGGAGACAUGGGGACAGUUGUGGACAUAGACAUGGGGACAUUGGGACACAUGGGGACACUAGGCACACUGAGAGACAUGGGACACAGACACUGGGAGACUUGUGGACACUGAGACACUAGGGACACUGGCUGGGGGACAUAGUGUCUCCAUGUCCCAAUGUCUACCAAUGUCCCUAUGUCUCACAGCAUCCCCAUGUGUCUCAGCAUCCCCAUGUGUCCCCUAGGGUCUCAGUGUCCCCAUGUUUUCCAGUGUCCCCAAGUGUAUGUGUCCCCAGGUCUCACAGUGUCUGUGUCCCCAUGUGUCCUAGUGUCUCAGUGUCCCCUAGUGUCUGUGUUCCCAUGUGUCCCCUAGUGUCUGUGUCCCCUAGUGUCUGUGUCCCCUAGUGUCUCAGUGUCCCCAUGUUUUGCAGUGUCCCCAAGUGUCUUAGUGUUCCCAAGUCUCCCAGUGUCUGUGUCCUAGUGUCCCCUAGUGUAUGUGUCAUCAUGUGUCCCCUAGUGUCUCAGUGUCCCCAUGUGUCCCCUAGUGUCUCAGUGUCUCCAUGUGUCCCUGCUGCCUUUCCCCCCCAUCCCUCACUUACCUGAGCUGUACAGCUGCUGUCUGGACUCUCUGUGCUGUGUAGCUGCUCCCCCACGGAUCAGUGAGUAGUAGAGAGUAACUUCCUAUCCCUGCAUCUCUCCACACAUAGUGACCCCUACUGGCCGGUGCUGGUAUUGCAGAGUAAUUUCCAUUUAUUCUGAGAAAAUUACCUGCAUUUGUAUUGCCGGUAUUACUGCAAUACCGGCACGGCCAGGCAGCCUCAAAUACCAUCUGUGCCAUUAAAAUACCAGUCAGGUGGCAAACCUAAGAGUAGUGUGUAAACUCUUAAAUGGGCCUAUUCCAUGGGCCUGGGCCUGGAACUGCAGCUCCAUCAGCCCCUAUGUUAAUCCGGCCCUGGGAGAAAUAGAUCUCCCAUUAUUUAUAGAGAGCCAACAUAUUCAUUAGAACUUUAUAAUUAUAGGGGAUAUUUAGAGGUAAAGAAGGCCCUGCUCGAAAGAGUCUACGAUCUAUGAGAAUUUCAGGGAGAAAGAUAUACUUUAUAUUACUAGGUGUCUUGCCCAAGGACACUUACUGGUGAGAGGGUUUGACCAGGAUUUAAACUGGGCUUCCCAAUUUUAAAACAGUGAUACUCUAAUCAGUUAAACACAAGUACAUGUAUUAGCAAUCAGAGAUAAGCAAGCAUUGAGUAUUCUUUUUUUUUAGUUCUUUAUUUUUGGACAAUCAUAAUACAUUGCAUACAUUUCAAUGAGACUUGUAUGGAUGUCAAAUGGUCCAUCUCAAGUUUACAACAAUACAUUUUAAAUUUAACUCGACAUGGGGGUGUGGCUAACCACAGAGAGAAAUGGACAUGUGAUCCCUUGCUCCGGCACGAAGGGUCGACAAUCCGAUCCCAUCCUGCACAAUAGGGCAUCUUUAACCCAAACAACAACAAGAUGGCACAACAGAGGGGCCAGAAGAACGCCUCCAAGGCGGACAAAUUAAAUUUCUUUGGAAAUAAAACUCACCCGGAGCCGGAGGAGGUUUAUGCCUUGUCCCAAGAUGGCCGAUCCUACUCCGACGGACCCGAGCACACUUCGGUGGCAAACGAGUCAGAACCUGACACACUCACGAGGAGUUACUUGCAACAAGCAUUAGACACUCUAUCAGCUAAACUAAUCACAUUGUGGCAACAUAUGGCAUAUUCGCUGAGGAAAGAUGUGCAAGAAGUCAGCAAACGCACAUCUCAUGUGGAGAACAAGAUGGAAGAGUUUGCCACAGCACACAAUGAUUUAGCCUCACAUGUCAAACAACUUGAACAAAAACUCACCGCGACAGAGACAAAAAUAGCAGACCUCGAAGAUAGGGCACGCAGAAACAACCUGCACAUUCAAGGAAUCCCGGAGGAGGUAUUAACAGAAAAUCUGCAGGCGUAUGUCAGGGGUCUGCGCCAGACACAUGCCCCAGAUAUACCGUCUGACUACUAAUCAAUCGAGUGCACCGUCUGACUAGUACACGAUUCUUACCUAACACAGCCCAGCGAGAUGUGCUGAUGCAAGCACACUACUUCCAUAUCAAGGAGCACGUAAUCCGAGCGAGCAAGAACAGAGCCAAACCGCCGGAAAAUUAUUCACAAAUAAAGAUAUUUGCAGACCUCUCUGCCUCCACUUUAUGCAGAAGAAGAGAUUUCUCACAGAUAGCUGAUUCCUUAACCCCUUAAGGACACACGACGGAAAUAUUCCGUCAUGAUUCCAUUUUAUUUCAGAAGUUGUGUCCUUAAGGGGUUAAGGGCACAUGGCCUAAGAUUCCGCUGGGGAUUUCCCACCAAGAUGUUAGUAACAAAGGACAGCAAUACCCAAGUAAUAUCCUCACCUGAAGAUGGUCUUCGCAAACUACAGUCUUGGGGAUUUAUAGAACGCAGAGAAGAAGCUACCACCUCACCUUCUUGCAGAAUUCAGCUAGAAUGGAAUAAAGCUCCGGCCUCAAAAGCAGCUAGAUAAACAGCAAGUAUAAAAGAACUGACAAAAGAGUAUGCGUACAAGACAAACUAAACAUGUUGUUAACAUGUCAGCCAUCACAAAAGGCUUAAUUAAGUUAAUGUUGUUUUUCUGUUCUUUUUUAUUCUCAACUUGGUUUAAAUACUACUUUCUCCAUAUUACAAAAUGCCAUUACAGACGGUAACAAAAAAAGGGAAGAGGGAGGGAAGAGAAAAGGAAAAAAGGACUUUAUAUGGCUUACUCCUGAUCUACCCUUACACAGAGGGAACAGGCAAGUCCUCCCCAUGAUGGGGAUUAGCGCAAAUUAAUUCAAAACUCACAACAUGUAUUUAUGGCAUAUACACAAGUAAGAGGAUUCAUGAGUGGGGAGUGGGGACGGGGGGACUGGCCAAUGCUCCCCUACCAUACCCGACUCCAGACACACCCUGGCUUUUCAUGCCACUGUCCUACCUCCCUCUUCCCCCACUAAUGGACACAACACAGGGAAGCAACAGAUAUCACGACAGACUUCCACCUAUAAAUCAACUUCCAACAGUCACAUACAGUAGCAGACACAGACAGAAGAGCCAACAGGACCCCUUGAACGUCUUGGAAGUCAAGGAAACUCCACCAAAGCUCAGGGAUAAAACCAAGCCACCGACAAAAAGACUAAUAGAUAGAAACCGCAGGGCCCACAGAUAGACCAGCACCAGUAAAAGCCACUAGCCAUAAAUAGACACCAUACCCACAGAGAACCCUGAAAACCGACCCGAGAGGCCUGAGGAACCAAAGACUGGGACAACACAAGCUUAACCACUCAUUAGACUGACAAGACAUACCGGUCCUCAAGGCACGCCAUAGAAGCACCUUGAUGACUAACCUACCCUUACCUACCCAAAUAACGAACUGUCAAACAUAGAAUCUUAAAAAUUGAAUAGGCCUGCAAUGUAUAUUUGACAAAGAAACAUUGUACCCACUUACCCUUUCUUAAUUCUGUAACCCUAAAACCACAUACAAAUGAAAAACAAUGAAAAAUAAAGAAUUUAAAAAAAAAGGGUACAUGAGAAGGGGAAAUACACAAAGUGGGGAAAAAACAAGAUGAGGUUCUGUAUAGUUCCUUUCUGAUUAAAUCCGAGCGUAUGGAGCCCACCACACUUAGAGAUCCUUAAUGAGGGUUGUAUGCUUACAGCCGACCUAAAGAUAUCCCCAGGAACCCCUGGUUAGCCUCCUGAGGUCUCCGGACCACUCACCAGGCAUGUCAAAGGAGGAGCCGUGAGACCUGGUCCGGGGUCACACACGUGGACAGAGGCCGGGGACAGGUGGAAAGGGGAGCCGGGAAGAAGAAGUAUGCAACCCACUCUGUGACAAAUAGAUCAGUAGAAUAUGACACCCUAACUCACAAAAUACAUAUAAGUGACACGAACCAUAGCUUGGAAAUAGUCAUAUAUCAAAUACGCUGGCAAGAAUGAUCUUAAUGAUAUCAUACCCCUGGGGCACACUGACAUCCUCCAUUCCCCCCUCCUCCUGGGGCAGGCACACUAGACGUUCCAAAAGGUCACGGAGCAAGACCCUGGCGUGGCUUGUUAAGAAAGAAUAUGCAAAACACUAAGAUGGAGUUAUGGCUAUACCAUCUGGAAAGAGGCAGAUGUAUAUAAAAAUUAAAAGAUAUACCAAAAUAUAUGCGAUAUUAAAGAUAUAAAGUGAUAUAGAGGUUCACAAAUGUAUAAAUGCCUUAAAAUUAAAUGGGCAGAAAUGUGUAAUAUUUAUGUAAAACAAUGUGUAUAUAUGGAAAUGUAUAGAUGUAUGGGGAUAUGUGCCAAUGAAAGAUGCCAUUUAAACAUGGGGAACAUAGAUCACCAACAUCCUCCCUACCAACAACACACAGAAGGAAGGUCCCAAAUGACCAGCAAGAGUAGCACCCUGACCAGGGGUCACCAUGCCCCAAUGCCCUACGCACUCAAAAUGAUUUGAUAGACCCGCAGCCAUGAGACGGAAACAUUAAUAUUUCCAUCCCCACGGUAUUACUUACCAGUACCAAGCUUUGCAAAUAUUUUGUUUUGGUUUUCACCGUGUUUACCCUGCGCUCCUUCCUGCCAACUAGUCCCGAUUGGCAAAAAGACUACAUGCUAAGCAAUAAAAUUGAAUCGACACUACCAACUGUACUUUACACAAAUAUCAUGGGGAAAUAUCAGAGAUUGAGGGAACAAGAUUUGGAUUUAGGUAUACCCAAUAACGUUAUAAUAACAUUAAUUUAUGAAGAUACAAACACAUAAUGUAAGGGGGUUAAACACCCCACAAAAACGUAGGGUUCUUCUGGAUGGAGCUAGGAUGGCCAAGGUAGACAUUUUGUGCCUACAAGAAACUCAUUUUGUUCACGGCAGAGUGCCUGAUUUCGGGAAACAGGACUAUACCACUCAAUACCACACAACAUACUCAUCCAAGACUAGAGGGGUAUCGUUCUUGUUUCACAAGUCCCUGACGUUUGAACUGUUACAAAUUAAAAAAAAGACACAAGGCCGCUACCUAAUAAUUCAUUGCCAAAUUAAUACGGUCUUAUACACAUUGGUGGGCAUAUAUAGCCAAAACUCUAAUCAGCGUAACUUCUUACACAAAGUGCUAAACAAACUCCCCCAACAAAACAUUACCUCUCUAAUAAUCUGUGGAGAUCUGAAUCUAACCCUAUAACCGCAUAUGGACACAACGGUAUCCCCUUCCACUCCCUGGUUCAAAUCACUAAUACCACAGUGUAAAGCCAUCACAAAACUACUGCUAGACCAUGGUCUUUAUGAUAUAUGGUGCACUAAGCCCCCCAAUGAGAAAAGGGUCCAUAAAACCCACUCUAGAAUAGAUGUCCCCAGGGUCCAUAAAACCCACUCUAGGAUAGAUGUCAUACUGAUAUCCCGAGAUUUGCUCCCAUUAGUUGAACAAUUCCAACUGGAGGACAUAGUAUGGUCGGACCACGCCCCUGUGUUCAUUACGACCCAUGACACCUACAGACAUAGGGGAAAAGCCCCAUGGCGACUAAAUAACAUGCUCUUAUGCAAUAGUGACUUUAAACUUAGAUUAGAGAAAGAGAUAAACAAUUAUUUUCAAUUAAAUGAACAACCUGAACUCGCACCUACCCCCACUUGGCAGGCCCACAAAGCGGGCAACUCAUCAAAGGGGGCAACUCAUCAGUAGAGCAUCCUAUGUUAAACGUAACACCCAGAAACUAUACCUUACACUACUGACAAAACUAUGUGACCUCACCACGACCCAAUUUCUGCAUCUUAACCCACUUUUAAACACAGAAAUCACGAAACAGCUUAAUGACCUUCUACUCCAACAGACGGCACAACACCUCCAAACACUAAAACUAAGGCACUACACACAAGGAAAUAGAGCUAGCAAAACAUUGGCGUUGCUAUUGAGACACCAACAGGCCCAAUCAAAGAUCCCAUACUUAAUUAACAACACCGGAGAGAAAAUGUAUAAUCCCUUAGACAUAAACGCAGAAAUAGCAGCUUAGUACAAAAAUCUCUACAACUUAAAAGAUGACCCACAAACACAUCAACCAACACAUGAUGAAAUCCACCACAAUGAAAAACACCAACCCAAGCACAAAAAAAGCUAUUUACAGAGCCAAUCUCACUGACAGAAUUGCAACAAAUGAUACGCUCACUUCCCCCCAGGAGCUAUAACACCAGAGAUGCUACUAGCGCAUAUAGCCAUGCUGCCAAAACCAGGAAAACCACCUAACCAACCAAAAAUCUUAUGACCCAUCUCGUUGUUAAACACAGAUACAAAAAUCUUUGCUAAAAUUUAUGCAAACCGAGCAGCAGAUCUCAUUCCUUCCAUGAUACACCCAGACCAGGUGGAAUUUGUGAGGGGGAGACAGGGAGCAGAUGGGACAAGAAAACUAUAUAGCCUCCCUUAUGGUCGGGCGCCUUCCGGAGGGUCCAGGGUCUUCAUGUCCCUGGAUGCAGAGUAGGUGUUUGACAGAUUGCACUGGAUCUUCCUUAGGGAGGUACUAAAAGAAUUUGGAUUCCCCCAAACCUUCCUGACUCUGAUAGCAGCCCUUUACUCCACACCGUUAGCACAGGUCGCGAAUGGGGGGGUUUGUCUCCAACCCGUUCCGUAUUACGAAUGGCAUGAGACAAGGUUGCCCACUGUCUUCAGUUCUCUACAUCCUUGCACUAGAACCAUUAGCACAGGCCAUAAGAGAUAACAAUUUGAUCACAGGGGUGACACUCAAAACAAAAAUGCACAAAAUCACCAUGUUCGCCUACACAUCUGUAUUCGGCAUUACAACAGACACACGCAUACGACUGGAGACAUGACAAUAUGACUUUUCUAGACAUAAAAUUCACAAACCUAUAUCGGGAGAAUUAUGGCAAAACCCUCAUCUCCAUAAAACAACUGUUGAGUUGGAAAGGAAAAUAUCUUGGAUGGGGAAGAUCGCAGCGGUAAAAAUGAAAAUACUCCAGAGAUUGCAAUAUUUAUUCUGCACCCUACAAAUCAGGCUCCCAAAACAAUUCUUCCAAGAGACCCAACAAAUUGUGAAUACAUUCAUUUGGUCUCCUAAAAAAUCUUGCACAGCAGAGAAGAUCAUGUAUCUACCAUAUAAACAGGGGGGCAUGGUUCUGCCAAACAUCCUCACUUACUACAGAUUGGCUAUGAUUGGACCACUGAUCACAGAACUAAACCAACACAACACACCGUCCCCAUGGAUAAAUAUAGAAGCAGAAUAUAUUUUAUAUAAUUUGCACACAGACAGAUAAACUCCUGGUUACACAAGAAUAAGAACAUACUACCGACUGAGGAAGGAUGGGAGGAUACAAAAGCAAAAACCACAGAAACUCAUCUCUAUAUUGUAUUAUCAGCAUUAUCAAUUACAAGAUCCACACAAAUUUCCAUUUGUACGGGCAUGGGAAUCCGAAAUAGGCAGACAAAUGACGAAGGAACAGUGGACACAAAUAUUAUACGCAAACAAAAAACUCACACUAGAUACAACACACCUGGUGUUGGCAAGGAAAAUAUUAUACCAUUAGUAUCUAGUGCCAACACGCAUGAAACACAUGACACCUACACAAUCCGGACUGUGUUGGAGAUGUAAUUCCUCUCCAGGCAAUGUGCUACACAUAUGGUGGGCAUGUCCCGCUUUGACAAGACAGACAUGCACAAUCUGAUAAAGGAUGCAACGGGAGUCACCCUAACACAAACCCCCGAGAACUACCUCCUACAUUACAUGCCAAAUGACCUCACAAAGUCUGUACGAUACUUAAUCUAUCACAUUAUAUCUGCUAUACUUUUAAACAUAAGUAGACAUUGGUUAAAACAGACGAUUCCGCACAUUAAUGCAUGUAUCUCACAAACUGACAGCACCAAAGGGUACGAGGUAAUGGCCAGAUCCAACAAACCUCCACAAAAAUUUUGGAGGGAAUCUUGGGACCAAUGGGACAAAUGCAGAACCACACAACAGCAGACUCCAAACCCUCCAGACCACACACAGGUUACAUAGCAAGAGAUUAAAUCACUAUAUCCCUCCGUGUAUAUAGUCUCUAGUGCGAUAAUCCAGGGAUUAAGCUUGUGAGACAUUUUGGCCAAAUGAGUUGGCCGGAGAUAUUGGUUAAAAAUCAGGGACAUUUCCCCUCCCUCCCCCUCCCUAUCCUGGUUAUUACUCCCGGUUAAACCACCAAGUUCUUCAACCCACCCCAGGUAUACCAUCUAAUGUGAAAGGAAUGCAGGUUGCUUCUCAACAUACAAGGGCACUGACAUGGAGAUAGCCAGUACUGAGGUACACUGAUGAUAUGCAUAUCUAACAUCAGUACGAGAAGCCUGGGGAGAACACAAUGGUUCCUUAUAAUAGAGAAAAAUCUUAUUACUAAGCAAAAUCCAACUGACUUUUUACCCUUUUCUGUUAACAAAUGUGGAUAAGAGAUGAUAUAAUUACUGGAAUAUGUCAAGAUAUGAUGUACCUCUUUAAAAACAAUGUGCCUAGCAGAUCGUAUAUUGAUUGUAGUUAAUGAUAUACUACUGAGCUGUAACCUUUAAGCCUUGGAACAUUUCCAAAAAAAUAUAAAUUAAAAAAGAAAUUAACUCAACAUGUUAGUUUGAAUGCCUCCUCAGAUGAGACACGUUAGACACUGUCAUGUUUACAAAUUGUAAGUAACUCAAAAUAAAAUAAAGUAAAAGUAACAAAGUAACUGAGUCAAAAAAAAUUGAGGUAAGAAUGAGGAAAGGGAAAGGAUAAGGGGGGAUGAUGGGACUCCAUUUCUGUUGAAGAUACCCUAUGAUCACAUGUUGCAGCUUUCUUUGUAGCUGAGCCAAUAGUCCCUCACCUUAUGGAAGUUAACUUAUCUAUUAGGAAGUUUUCCUAAAUUUUAGUAAUGACAUCCUGUAUUGAGGGGAUAGUAUCCCUUAACCUUUUAGCUACUAUCACCCAGCAGGCUGAUAGGUUAAUUUUAUCAAAUUGCUUGAGUAAUUCGAGAGACAGUCUACAGGGUGAAACAAGAGGUAUGCCCAGGGCACACACAGGUAUUUGUGUGAGUAAUAGUAUUGACAUGAUAUAAAGUCAUAGUGGUAGUAUGGGUGAGUAGUUACAGUGCUACUGGUUAUAGAACAUGUAUUCCUCAAUUUGCAGUUGCCUGCUAAUUUAUAUGGCAUCACAAAAUCUUUCACUAGAACCAGUAAAAAUAAGCUCCUCCAUAUAGUCUUUAUUGCCUCUGUAGUAGAUAUCAGAAAUUUGGACUCCUCAGAGAUACCCUUAAACUUGUCAGACUUCAAGGCAAUUACCUUUAUGAGUUACGAAUGCCUGGUUGUUACCCACCCUGUGCAUCUGCCUCAGGUUUAACCUUUUUUAAAAACUUUUUUCUUUUCAGACAGAUGAGCUAAUUCAUGCCUCUCUAGUUUUGUGCCAAAGGGAACAAAAGUAAUUUUUCUUGCCAAGUGCCAGUGAGCAAUUUUCCUAAAUCAACAUGAAAGUCAAGGUCUCUCUAGUUUUGUGUCAAAAGAGGCAAAAGCUAUUUUUCUUUCCAAACGCCAGUGAGAAAUGUCCCUAAAUCAACAUUACCAACAUUAUCAAACUAAAUGUAAUCAUUAUAUAUUUGAACAAAAAUAAAACUUGGAAGUCUCGCAAAUUAUAAUUUAUAUAUAAUUAUCAUAAUUAUUGUUAAAUUCUUCCAGUGGGGUUCAGUACUCAUACAUACAUACUUACAUACAUAAAGAAAAGACAAUUCACAGGGAAGAAUAAAAAUACUUGCAAAAUAUAUAUAAUGCACCUGUAUCGUAGGAGAGGAAUGCAGGUUCUGUCUCUGCAGGAAACACUAUUAGCUGGAUAGCCAGAUUUCAAGAUGAAAAAAUAAACUUAUCAAAAAAAUAACGUUAUAUAACUUUUGUUCAAACAAAGUAUACAUGUGCUUACGACAUAAACUGGGCAGCAGAAAGACCACCACUGCUGCCCUUCAUUAGAGACUUCAUCAUUGAUAAAGUGAUGGUAGUCAUGAAACAUAUCAGUGGUAGUCUUUCUGCUCCCACCUGUAUAUCCUAGCCACAAAUCUACUCUAUUUGAAUAAAGGUAAUGUAUCCUUAUUUUUGGAUUGAGAAAUUUUCUCUUAUUUCCUUUGGAGGAGAUCUAACAAAAAAGCUCAUAUCAUAUAUACAUGUACAAAAUACACAAAAGAAAAAAUAAUAGGGCAAUAUGUAACGUACAAGGCUUAUAUGUACACUUUGACAUGACUAACAAUAAUACAAUGAUAACUCAUGGAAAUAAAUAGGCACUUCAAUCACUUACAAGAGAUAGUGCCUAGACUUGGUUCUAUAUGCAGCAUUGAGUAUAUAUGGCUCCUGGGGGAUAUACUGUAGGACAACGGUUGUAGUAGGGGGAGAAGCUAGAGACUGUAGUGUGGGGAAUUUGUCCUGCAAUUGGGUGGAGAGGGGCUGUAGUAAGGACAUAUGGGCUGUAGUGGGGUUAUGGGCCACAUGUAAAAGAGAGGUUAGGGGAUGCAGUAGGGGCUAAGGGUUGCAAGUGGGGGAUAGAGGCUGUAGUGGGUGGAAUAGGGGCUGUAGUAGUUGGAAAUGAGCUGAAGAUGGCUAUAGUGGGGGGAUAUGUGCUGUAGUGGGGGAUAGGGGCUACAUUUGGAGGGUAAAGACUACAUAGGGCAUAGGAGCUACAUUUAGGGGUAGGGUGAAUGUAGGACUGUAGUAGGGGGGUUGGAGACUGUAGAUGGGAUAGGGGCUGCAUUGGAGGAAUAGGGUUAUAAGGGGGAUAGGGCCUGCUAUUUGGGUAAAAUUGUUAUAAUAGGGUGUUUAAGGGAUGUAGCAAGGGGGCUAGGGAGUGUCCCUCUGUAGUAGUGAUAAAGGAGCUGUAGUAGGGGGUUGGGGUUGUAGUAGAGGGGUUAUGGGCCACAGUAAGGAGUAAGAGGCUCUAGUGGGGGUUAAGGGUUGUAGUGGGGGUUAUGACUGUAAUAGGGGUUAGGGACUGUAGGGUAUUAGUGGCUGUAGGAAGGGGUAAGGGGGUUAACAACUGUAUAAGGGUGUUAGGGCUGUAGUAGGUAGUAGUGGGAGUUAGGGUCAUAGUUAGGAGUAAGGGGCUACAGGUGAUACGGGCUAAAGAAAAAAAACACUAGUAUAUUCCCUUCUCCCUGGGGUUUACCUUGGGUCAGGGAAGGGAGAAUCCUGUUACAAGCUGGUCUGGUAGUAGCCUGGAGCUGAGGCAAAGUGGGCUGAGCCUAGUGCAAAGGGCAGAGCCUACACACCCACAGAGCGCCUGGGCGCUGUGCACCCUGUGCACCCUCCUAAGUUUGGCCCUGAAAGAAGGUUUACUAAAUAAUAGGAACACACUGGUUAGCCUUCACUCCCCACAUGCAUUGAUAGGCAUCCAUCACCCUGAAGACGGUUCACCGGUUGUCUUUCCUUGCACCACUUUUAGUAGUUACUAACUGCAUACUUGGAACACUCACAAUAGUUGCCAUUUUGGAGAUUUUCUGACCCAAUUGUCGAGUCAUCACUAUUUGGACCUUGUCAAAGUCACUCAGAUCUUUUUGCCUGGAGAUGCUCUGACUGUUCACUUGCUGCCUAAUAUAUCCUACCCCUUGACAUGUAUCAUUGUAAUGAUAUAAUCAAUCUUAUUCACUUCAAAAGUCAAUGGUUUUAAUGUUGUGGCUGUUCAGUGUAUAUAUGCAUACUGAUCCUCAUUAUUAGAAUAUCACAAUAUUUAUGAUAAGCAUAGUAUAUUUAUUCUAAUUUGAGCAAACACGCAACAAACAGCUCCCUCCCCCACACAUGUACAUUCCUAAACACAGAUGCAAAUAAUUCACACAGGUAUACAUUACAGACACGAUUACUCAUUUUGCUGAAAAACUUAAUGCUGGCCAUGAUAGAAAGGUUUCAGAACACACAGUACAUCACAGUUUGUUGUGUAUGGUGCUGAAUAGCCAGAGACCAGUCAGAGGGCCUCUAAUGACCCCUGUCCACUGCCAAAAGCACCUUCAAUGGGUAUGUGUCAGACCUGGACCAUGGGUCAAUGGAAAAGGUCAGCUUGUCUGAUGACUCAUAUUUUCUUUUAGAUCAGACUGCCUAGUUUCAUGUGCAUCACGUAUCUGGGGAAAAACAUGUUUUGCUGGAAAACAUUUAGUCCUGGCAUUCAUGUGGACAUUACUUUGACACAUACCACCUACCUAGAGAUUGUUUCAGACCACAUACACCACUUCUUGGCAAUAAUGUUCCCUGAUGGCAGGAUAAUGUUCCCUGUCACAAUGCAAACAUUGCUCAGGAAUGGUUUGAGGAACAUGACAAAGAGUUUAAGGUGUUGUCUUGGCCUCCAAAUGCCCCAGAUCUCAAUCCAAUUGAACAGCAGUGGGAUGUGCUGGAACAACAAAUCUGAUUCAGGGAGGUCUCAACUCGCAACUUGCAAGACUUAAAGGGACACAAUAGUCAAUAAAACAACUGUAGCUUACUGAAGCAGGUUUUGCAGAUUCUGUGUAUAGAUCAUGCCUGUGAGGUUUCACUGCUCAAUUCUCUGCCAUUUAGGAGUUAAAUCACGUUUGCUCCUAUUUAUGCAGCUCUUGUAACACCUCCACUGGCUGUGACUGACACUGCCUGCAUGGAAACAAGACACUACCUGCAUGAAUACAUUCAAUCAGAUGUAACUUACAAUAAAGGUUUUUUUGUAAAUAUCUCUUUAUUGAGAAUUUUUUUUUCAAAGUUUCAACAAAAAUGCAGAUUGUAAGGAUGAGGAAACAUGCAGGUGAUAACAUGUGGUAAAAAGAGAUACGCAAAUCUCCACACGAACAAGGAGAGCUGAGACACGCAGGUCUCACAUGGAGAGUAGGUUCACAGCAUAUAGGUAGGUAGAAGGGAGUUCCUGCAUUAUAUUAGGCAGAGAGUUUUAGUGUUUUGACUGAUCGGUGUAUAUUAGCAUGUAGAAAAAUUUAGUUGUGAUUUUUAAUUGUACAAUUUUUUUGCUUUGUGUUCAAUUCAAUAAAAAUCUUUUAAAAAACUAAACAAACAAAAAAACUAAACCAACCCUGUUAGUAUGCAUGUAAAUGAAUGGGUUAAAUAUAAGUUAUCACAAAAAAAAAAAAGGCAGGAUCCUAUGAUUUGCAGAUUAUUUCACAAAAUGUAUUUGGUACCAGAAAUUGCAUGUUUUGUCCCUAUAAAAAUCAGUUUUAGUUUUUUUUUUUUUGGUUUGUGUAUUUUUAACUACAUGUGUGUUAAAUUAACUAAAUUUAAAAUUAAAUUUUCCUCCUAUAGAUUUUUCUAUUCAUUUUUAUCUAUUGUAUUUCUGCAUUCAGCUAUCCAAAAUCUAUGGCCCAGUGUUCAGCAUACAGCUAGGCAGCAAAAGAACGGUGAUCUUGGCUGGUUAUGAAACUGUGAGAGACGCCCUUGUGAACCAUGCUGACGAGUUUAGUGGGAGAGCAUUGGCACCAAUGUUUCAAAAGAUGGACCAUGGAAAUGGUAAGUUUAGAUUAUGUUGUGCAGUAUUUGCCAUAUUAUCAUAAAGAUACAUCUAAACGUUGGAUAUUCUAGUUACUGGGUUUGACAUUGUAUGAAUCAAUUGGCAUUCAUUCUUAAAUUGCAUUGCAAUUAUGCACAUUAUGAUUCUAAUAUGUUAUUGUCAUUAAUAUUGCUAUUAUUAUUAUUAUUAUUAUUAUUAUUAUUAUUAUGUUGCAUUUGUAAAAUGUAGUCCAAUUCAGUAAUCAAACUGGUUCCUCACACAUGUGAUGGAAAGAACCCUAUUAAAUGUCUGGUUUUCAUGGCCUUACUUAUAGGGGGACAUUUAUCAAAGUGUUCUAAAAAUUUGUCUGAAGUACUAAAGCCAGGCAAUUACCAUGGAAACUAGAGAAAACAGUCGGCACAUUCUAUUAGUGACUCUUCCUCUUUUUAUUUUUGCACACUUUUUAGUACAGAUCAGUUUUUAUUUUAUUUGGUAAAAAGUUCGAAUUUGGGACUUGAACUUGACCCAAGGUUGACCCCGAACCCCAUUGAAGUCAACGGGGACACGAACUUUUGGGCACUAAAAUGGCUAUAAAAAAGUCCUGGAAAGGGCUAGAGGGCUGCAAAAGGAAUUAAAAUGGGGGUAUGAGUAGGACAAGUAACCUGCAAACAAAUGUGGAUAGGGAAAUAACUUAAAAUAACAUAAAAUACAUAAAAAUUACAAGUAUUAAUCUUGAACUAGGAGGAGGUGGUGGAUGUGAAGUAGGAGGUUGAGGAGGUGGUGACCGUGGCGGUGUAGGUGGAAUCGGCGGUGGAGGAGGAGGAGGUAGUCAACACUGUUGUAUUAAAAAAAAAUGUUUAAUUGGGGUAGCCCGGAAAAUAUUGGGACAUAUAAAAAAAGAAAACAAAGAAUAAGUGCACUUGAGUAUAACAAUGGCUUGGGGAGCCCGGUAUAAAUGUCUAUUCUGCACAAGGUACAGACAAGUCUGGGAUCCAUGCCUGGUUCAUUUUAAUAAAAGUGAGCUUGUCCACGUUGGCUGUGGACAGGUGGCUGCGCUUGUCUGUGAUAACGCCCCCUGCCAUGCUAAACACACGUUCAGACAAUACACUGGCUGCAGGGCAGGCCAGCACCUCCAAGGCAUAAAGGGCAAGCUCAUGCCAUGUGCCCAAUUUGGAGACCCAGAAGUUGAAUGGGGCAGACCCAUCAGUCAGUACGUGUAGACAUGUGCACACGUACUGUUCCACCAUGUUGCUGAAAUGCUGCCUCCUGCUAAGACGUCCCAUAUCAGAUGGUGGUACUGGUUGUUGUGGCAUGCUGUGAAAGCAUUUCCACAUUUCGACCAUGCUAAUCCUGCCUUCUGAGGUGCUGGCGGUGCCCCAGCUGCGUUGGCGACCUCUUCCUCCUUCUCUGCCUUUGCCUUGUGCUUCCACUGAGCCCCCGGUGUCAGUUGGGAAUACCCUCAGCAGCACGUCUAUUAGCGUGAGCUUGUAGUCGCGCAUCUUCUGAUCAUGCUCCAGUGAGGAAAUUAAGGACGGCAUGUUGUCCUUGUAAUGGGGAUCAAGCAGGGUGGCCACCCAGUAAUCAGAACAAGUUAGAAUGUGGGCAACUCGGCAGUCGUUGCGUAGGCACUGCAGCAUGUAGUCACUGAUGUGUGCCAGGCUGCCCAAAGGCAAGGACAAGCUGUCCUCUGUGGGAGGUGUAUCGUCUGUGUCCUCCGUAUCCCCCCAGGCACGCUCCAUUGAUGCCCACGAGCUGCAAUGGGUGCCACCCUGCUGUGUGGGUGCCACCCUCCUUCUCCUCCUCCUCCUCCUCCUCACCAUCCUCCUCCUCAUCCUCCAGAACUGUGCCCUGGCUGGACAAUUGUGUACCUGGCCUAUGCUGGUGCAGGAACCCACCCUCCAAGCCACUUGUGAAUGACUGGCCUGAUAUCCGUGGAAAUGACCUCCUCUUCCUCCUGUGCCACAUCCUCUUCCAUCAUCGCCCGCAGCGUUUUUUAGAAGCGUGAUAGUAACGCUGUGAAUGGCGUCAUCAGCACUGGCCGCGUUGGUGGAGUACUCGAAACAGUGCAAAAUGGCACACAGGUCUCGCAUGGAGGCCCACUCAUUCAUGGUGAAGUGGUGCUGUUCCGCAGAGCAACUGACCCGUGCGUGCUGCAUCUGAAACUCCACUAUCACCUGCUGCUGCUCGCACAGUCUCUGUAGCAUGUGCAAGGUGGAGUUACACCUUGUGGGCAUGUUGCAUAUGAGGCAGUGAGCGGGAAGGCCGAAGUUACGCUGCAGCUCUGAUAUAUCUGUGUAGUUUUUCAGGAAUUUCUGCACCACCAAAUUCAGCACAUGCACCAGGCAAGGGAUGUGCAUCAAACCGGCUAGGCCCAGAGCUGCCACGAGAUUUCGCCCAUUAUCUUGAGGCUUGAGGCUCAGUGGCAACAACCACUCAUCGGUCUAUUGUUCCCUGCCCGUCCACUGCUCCUGCGUAUAAUAUAUGAGUUUUAAAACAGCCUGCUGCUGUUUCCCCCUGGCUGUGCUGAAGUUGGUGGUGAAGGUGAUACGCUGACCGGAUGAGUAGGUGAUAAAGGAGGAGGAAGCAGAGUUGGAGGAGGAGGCAACAGGAGGCAAAGACAAAUGCCCUGCAAUCCUUGGUGGUGGAAGGACAUGCGCCAAACUGCUAUCCUUCUUAGGCCCAGCCGCCACUACAUUUGCCCAGCGUGCAGCUAGGGAGAUAUAGCGUCCCUGCCUGUGCUUACUGGUCCAUGUAUCAGUGUUUAUGUGGACCUUGCCACAGAUGGCGUUGUUUGAACAGGGAAGGGAUGGCUCGGAACCACGUACUGUGGGACAGCCACCGCCAUCAGGUUUUUAAAACUGUCUGUCUCCAACAGACAGAAUGACAGCAUUUCAAAGGCCACAAAUUUUGAAAUGCUGGCAGUCAGGGCCAGAGAUCACGGGUGAGUAAGGGGGGUACUUCCUCUUUCUCUCCAGUGUUUGGGAGAUGGACAGCUGAACGCUUCCAUUGGACAGUGUGGAGAUGCUUGGGGACGGUGGCGGACGUGGAGUAAGCACCUCAAAAACCAAGAAAGGUCUUAAGCUCCUCCUGCUUCCUCUUCUGCUGCUGUCUCGGCAAACAGAGGAUGUGGCAGGUGCCACUGUCACUCCAGAGGUGGAGGAAGAGGCCGAGACAGCAGCAGAAGAGGAAGCAGGAGGAGCCUGAGACCUUUUUUGGUUUUUGAGGUGCUUACCCAACUGCAGCUCAUGCUUUGCAUGUAGAUGCCUGGUCAUGCAGGUUGUGCUCAGAUUUAGAAUGUUUAUACCUCACUUCAGGCUCUGAUUGCACAGCGUGCAAACCACUCGUAUCUUGUCAUCAGCACAUUGUCUGAAGAACUGCCACGCCAGGGAACUCCUUGGAGCUGGCUUUGGUGAAAAAUUGAAAAGAGAAUCCUUGUAAUAUGUUUAAGUCAGAAUUGUACAUUAUAUUAUCAGAAGCUUUGAAACAAAAAAUAAUCACAAAAAUGGAGUUUGAAUAUCUUUAUAUCGAAUUCCCAAAAUUGGCUAUUUUCUAUCAAUUACCUAAAAUCCAUAAAAGUUUAGAAGAUCCACCCGGGAGACCAAUUAUCAGUGGGAUAGGCUCUCUCACCAGUAACAUCUCGGAAUAUGUAAUAUUAGCAGCCUCUUAUGUAAAAGAUUAAACUCAAAUUAUUAGAGAACUGGAAGGAAUAGAAUGGAAGGAAGAUUAUAUAUGGGUCACAAUAGACGUUACCUCACUGUACACGGUCAUUGAUCAUAUGAAAGGGAUAGCCGCUGUAAAAGAAGCGUUAGAUAAAGAUGGAGAGAUGUCUAAAAAACAGAGUGAUUUUAUCCUACAAUGCAUUGAUUUCAUUUUGCACAAGAACUCAUUUUGGUUUGAAGGAACCCAUUAUCUUCAGAUCUGUGGUACCACCAUGGGCACCAGGUUUGCCCCAAGCUACGCUAAUAUCUUUGUAGCAAAUUGGGAAGAUCAGUGUAUUUGGAAUAAUAACCUGUUUGGGACAAACCUGGUGCUAUGGAGAAGGUAUAUAGACGAUGUCCUUAUUAUUUGGAAGGGGGAUCUACAGUUGUUCAAUAGCUUUAUGUCUUAUGUUAAUUCUAAUGACUAUGGCUUGAAGUUUACCCAGGAAUUGGGAGAUAGGGAAAUCAACUUCUUAGAUCUGACCUUUUUUGUAGAGAGAAAUUUAAUUUGCAGUAAAACUUUUUUUAAACCCACAGAUUGUAAUAGUCUUAUAGAAUUCACGAGUUGUCACAACCCGAUAUGGUUGAAAAAUAUCCCUAAGAGUCAACAAACUAGGUUGUACAAAAAUUGCACAAACCAAAUGGACUUUGACAACCAGAUUAAAAUUCUUAAUAAAAGGUUCCUGGAUACAAGCUAUCCGAAAGAUCUACGUGAAAAAAGCCAGAAAGAAGUUAUAAGUAAGAAAAGAGAAGAAUUUUUGCAGAUAAAAUAGAGAUCUACUAGGUUAGAGACAAACUCAUUUGAUAUGGCAUUUAUUACGAAGUAUAAUAACAAAGCGACCAAAAUGGAUAAAAUCCUUAAAAAACAUUGGCCGAUUUUACUACAGGAUAGUCAUUUGUAUAAGGUAUUAUCGAAGAAGCCAAAAAUUGUAUAUAAGAAAACUGAUAGUUUGAAAACAAUUUUAGCACCUAGUAUUCUUCCGAAAGUAAGUUUGAAUAAGAAACCAGAAACUUUUUUGGGGAAGAGACCUAAUGGUUUUCACAAAUGUGGAAACUGUAGCACUUGUAAGUUCCAAAAACAAACCACCACUAAUUUUAAGAGUACAGCCAUGGGUGAAGAGUUUAUGAUAAAACAUUUUAUAACAUGUAGUAGUAAGAAUGUGAUAUAUCUUUUACAAUGUAUAUGUGGAAUACAGUACAUAGGUCGUACUAUUCGCAUAUUACAUGAGAGACUAAUUGAACAUUUUUAUGGUAUAAAAAAGAAAAGUGAAAAACAUAGUGUGCCUCAAUAUUGUGAUAGCUGCUCUGCCUUUACUUUUAACAAUUUUGUUUGCAUAGGCAUCGAUUUAGUUGCUCCACAUUGGCGAGGUGGUGACACCACUAAGACCUUAGCAAGAAGAAAAACAGAAUGGAUCUAUAAAAUGAAAACUUCCACUCCUCGAGGCUUAAAUACUGAUCUUGAUAUCUUGGCUUUCCUGUAAAGGGAUAGUAAUUUUAUUUUAAUUCAUUGCAUUUUUUUAGGCAUUUUUUUAUUCAUUUAUUAUAUUUAUUUUCUUUUUUAUUUUUCAUUUUUAUUUUUAUAUAUUUUUUUAUAUAUGGAAGCUUUUGAUACAGAAUUGGAACUGAGAAAUGCAUAUUGAAUAUUGAUAAUUGACUAAUUUGAGAAUUUGAGAGUGCUUUUGACUUACAAUUUUACCUGAGACUAAUAAUAUUAUAACUUUGUUUUCAUAGUAAAGAACAUGGUGUCUAUUGUGGAUAAAGAUAGAGAUAACUGUGUCCCAAAUGUAAUUGUGGAUAAAGAUAGAGAUAUAUUGUAUCCCCAAUGUAAUUUUUAUAUUAAUUUUUUAUAUUAACUUUUAUAUUGAUUUCUAUAUUAAUGUGUGUAUAUAUAUAUUUUGUUCUGUCGUUUUUUUAUCUUUGUUUUUAUUAAGAGUAUUUUAUAUGGAACACUGUAAUAAUGUUGCUAUUAUACUAAAGAAUAUGGUCAAUUGCCUUAAAUAAAGGAUAGGGGUAUAUGGAAUUAAGUAUUUAGAUUGUAAAGAUCACCACAAAAAACUAUAUAUGCAACAUUUUUUGGUUCCUGUUAUAUCCUUUUGAGUUUUUUUUAGUUUUUUUAGUUUUUUAUAGUUUUUUAAUAGUAUUAUGUAUAGUUUAAAAUUUAAGAUCGAGAAUUAAUGAACUAUUGGGUUCUAUGCUUUUUUUCAACUCUCCUCUUACAUAUUUGUUAUUUUGUGGUGAAUGCUAAGGUUGGUUUAUAAUAAUGGGCAUAGUGUUACGAGUCUUCUGUCACUUGUAGCAGUUUCAGUGCUACAUUGUGACUAAACUCGGAUGCCAAUAAAGUAUCACGCAGCCUCAUCCUGCCGCGCAUGCGUGCCAAAUAUCUCCCGAAAGCUACUGGUCCACGAGAGUACCCGUAGCUUGAAGGAGAUUGAUAUCGGUGUGCGCAUGCGCGAAGGAAGUUUUAGAGCGCGAAGAUUAAAGAAAUGGAGUAUAUAAGAAGAAAGAACGGCGGCGAGAGAAUCACAGCAUCCACAGCUCCUGAGGAAGUCCCAAAAAACGCGGGACGAAACGCGUUGAGCCUGAGCAACCAGAUCUACCGAUCGAGCAGUCCAGAGACUGUAUUUAAGAUCUAUAUUAGCUGCAAGUAGUUAUUUAGACUCAGGAUUCGCGACCUAGGUCUAUACAUUCAAUCUAUUCUGCUUGUUAGCAUAGCAGUGUUUCGAUAGGGUUUUUCCCCAGGUCUCAAAAUUGUACUGCUGUAUAGUGGUUUUUGUAAUAUUAGUAUUUCACUUUUUUACUGCAAUAUGUGCAGAAUAAUAAAAUUGUUUAUUUUUUAAUGCUAUCAUUGCAACUGAUUACUUGCCUGUAUAGUCUAGCGCCCUCUUAUAGGUGGGUUUAUUCCCAUCUUCUAUUCGUUUAGCUUGUUUUAUAGGUUUUUGGAGUGUUCCUAUAGAGUGGCAGCUUUUCUACUAUAGAUUAGAUCUAUAGUAUCUGGCAUCUGGAUCUAUUGCUCUAUUUGGUUUUGUGGCUUUGGUCUGCUCGGUCCCUGGGUGCGGUGGGCAGUAGCAGGCGUACUGUCUAUGGGACGGCAGCUCCGCUUCUGCACCCUGCUCCCUCUUAUGCUGUGCGACCACCGCCUCUUCCUCUAAACUGCACACAUCACUCGCAUGACCUUGAUUCCAUGGGGUGUCUAGGACCUCAUCAUCCUCCACAUCAUCUUCCACCCACUCCUCAACCCUGCCCUCCUUGCCGGUCUGCACACUGCAGAAAGCCACAGCAGUUGGCACCUGUGUUUUGUCAUCAUCAGAGAUGUGCUGUGGUGGUCCUCUCAUGUCCACAUCCUGAAACAUAAGUGGUUGUGCAUCAGUGCACUCAAUCUCUCCCACUUCUGGGGCAGGGCUAGGUGGAUGGCCCACGAAUCCCCACCAGCAGAGUCAUCAAAAAGCAUAAGAGACUGCUGCAUGACUUGUGGCUCAGACUGCCUGGCUAAUUUGCAAGGGGGUAAGGUGAAAGACAGAUGGCCAUGGGCUGCAGGUGGGAGACAAUGUGAAGGAACUGGAGGCACUGUCAGCCACCCAAUCUACUAUCGCCUGUACUUGUUCUGGCCUCACCAUUCAUAGAGCGGCAUUUGGGCCUACCAAAUAAUGCUGAAGUUUCUGUAGCCUACUCGUACCUGAGGAAGGUGUUUCACUUAUGCGUGUAGCUGGCACAGAUCGACCACAUACUCUCCCUGCAACUGAAGCUCCACCAACACCAGCAGCACCACGACCAGGGCCAUGUCCCUUAUUUGACGCUCUCCUAAUUCUUUGUGUUCACCCACUAAACUAACAGAUGGUUUAUGUCAGUCGACAGUGUCAUCGCUAAUAGUCAACAAUUAAGUUCACUGACAGUAAGGCAGUGCUGGUGUCCUAAAGAGAAAAAUUUAUAGAAUUUUUUUUCUAGAGGUCACACAACAGUGUGACAGGCAUAAUUAAUACAGUUACUUCACUGUCUCACAAAAUGUGAAUUUGUCAAACAACAAUGUAACAGUAGUCAGGGCAGCCAUCAGAAAUUUUGGGGCCCCUGACAAAGCACAAGGUCUGGGCUCCCCUCCCCUUCUCUUUCCCCCCCCCACCCUCCGGGCCCGCCCACACCCUACCUAGUCCACUGACAAUGAUGUAGGACUGAAUGUGGUGUGUAUAGUGGAAGUGAAUUAGAAUGUGUGUAAUGGAUGUAGUGUUUGUGUGAAUUAGAUACUGUUUGUGCAGUGAAUGCAGAGUGUGUGUUUGUGUAGCGGAUGCAGUGUGUAUAGUGAACGCAGAGUGUAUUUGAGUAGUGGAUGUAGUGUGUGUACAGUGAUGUAGUGUGUGUUUGUGUAGUGGAUGUGGUGUUUGUGUGUACUAGAUUAAAUGUGUUUAGUGGAUGCAGUGUCUGUAGUGGAUGUAGUGUGUGUAUUAGAUGCAGUGUCUGUGUAUAGUGAAUGCAGAGUGUUUCAAUUUGUGGUGGAUGUAGUGUGUGUACUGUGAAUACAGGAUGUUUGUGUAGUGGAUGCUGUGUGUACAGUUAAUGCAGAGUGUAUGGUAGUGAAUGCAGAGUGUGUGUCAGUAUAGUGAAUCCAGAGUGUGUGCAUAGUUUAGUGAAUGCAGAGUGUGUGUUAGUGUGUAAUGAAUGCAGAGUGUGUGUGAAUGUGUAGUGAAUGCAGUGUUAAUGUGUAGGGAAUGCAGAGAGUGUGUUAGUAUGUAGCGGAUGCAGAGUGUGUGUUAGUGUAGUGGAUGCAGAGUGUGUGUUGUGUUAGCAGAUGCAGAGUGUUUGUUGUGUUAGUGUAUGCAGUGUGUGUGUGUUAGUGUAUGCAGUGUGGGUUGUGUUAGGUUAGUGUAUGCAGUGUGUGUGUUUUGUUAGUGUAUGCAGUGUGUGUGUGUUAGUGUAUGCAGUGUGUGUUUUGUUAGUGUAUGCAGUGUGUGUGUGUUAGUGUAUGCAGUGUGUUGUGUUAGUGUAUGCAGUGUGUGUGUGUUAGUGUAUGCAGUGUGUGUUGUGUAAAUGUGCAAUCGGGGGGGGGGGAGGAAGGGGCAUUUUUACAUUAUUUUUUUUAUUAAAUGAAAUGAUAUUCCCCCCUCAAUGCUUACCUGUGUCCAGGGAGGGGGGAGAUUCCAUUCCUGGUAGUCCGGUGGGGGGGGCCCACGGCUCCCUGUUACCGCAGAGGGGGCCCAGGCAGCACACAGCUUCUCCUCUCUUCUAAUAACUCUCGCGAGACCCGGUUACCAUGGCAACGCUCUGCGGGUCUCGCAAGAGUUAUUAGAAGAGAGAAGAGAGGAGAAGCUGUGUGCUGCCUGGGCCCCCUCUGCGGUAACAGGGAGCCGGGGACCCACGGCUGCACACAUAGAUAGCGAUAUUCGCUAUCUGUGUGUGCAGAGAAAGAAAGUGAGACCCAGUACUGCCAGAGCAGUCUGGGCCCCCCAGGGCCGCCGGGCCUGUGACAACAGUCAUGGUUGUCACCCCCUGAUGGCGGCCCUGACAGUAGUAUUUAACGGUUUUAUUGGACUGCAAGAAAUGCACCAAAGGCCACAAAUGUACUAUUUAGCACAAAAACUGUGAUUUCUUAAACCAACAGUGUAAUGGUAGUAUUUAAGGGUUUUAUUGGACUGCAAGGAAUGCACCGCAGGCUGCAAAUGUACUAUUUAGCACCAUAAAAAUGUGAAUUAGUCAAACUGCAAUGUCACAUCAGUAUUUGACGGUUCUAUUUGACUCUCAGAUAUGAAGUGCAUGCCCCAAAUUUAUUUUUUAGCACCAAAAAAAUGUGAAUUAGUCAAACUGCAAUGUCACAGCAGUAUUUAAAAAUGCCUAGAUGUUGCCCACUGAGCUACCAGAACAAGAUUAAAGUAAUGUGCCUGGCACACAUGCAGUUGCAAGUGCACUGCACUUGCACAAAUGGUCCCUGACGCCCACCUAAUAAACAGACUGAUUGCUUAUUUCUCUGUGGCACUGGGCUCAGGGCAGGGUACAAAAAUGUAGUAUAGCACCCACAAAAAUAAUAAGGGCACACGAGUCAAACGCUUGUUGAUUGGAUGCCCUGCAGCUUUUCAAAACGUGCCAUUAAAUACCCGAACACCAAACUCCAACCCGAACUGUUACUGAAUUGUCUGGGUUCGGAGUCAAAAAAUCGUAAUGUUCAGUACGAACCCAAACUUUACAGUUCGGGUUCGCUCAAUUCUAAUUUUUAUUAAUCUCCAAAAUAACUAAGGUUUGUAUAGAGUUCUGUAGCCUAGGUCAUUCAUACACAGCACAAACAACUCCUAACCACACACACACACACACACACACACACUAAACUACACUACAAACAGCCCAUUCCCACACAAAACAAAAAAAAAAUAAAUAAACUAUCCACAUAGACAUAUAAGCACUUCUAUUUGCAGAACCACAAAACACACCACAGAUAUCUCUAUCCACACAGACACACACUGUACCAAAAAAUUAACACCAUGCAUACUACAAAUAUCUUUCCAUUAAAUAUAAAACACCACAAGCAGCACCCUCCACAAAAACACUAUAAACAGUCUACCUACAUACACACAACAUACUAUGCCUGUCCUAAUGUUGUCAUCUGUCCUGCUAAUUAUAGAGACAAAAUAGCCAAGCAGCCACAAAUGCAGCAUAAGCUUCCUGUUAGAUGAGCUUGUACUAAGUACUAAGCAAACAUAGUAUAUUUUCCACAUGCACUCUUCAGCAGGGAUCUGCACACCGACUGCCCUUGAGGGCUUACUCACAGUAGCUCCCCUCACAGUAGCUUGAGGGUUGGCAAAAUGUUGAGGCAAAGGAAAAAGAAAAUAGGGCUUUCUACAUAUCAUUUAUGACAAACCCCACUUUAGACAUAUUGGAAAGAAUUAUGAGGGCCAUCCAUAUAUUAUCUUCUGACCACUUCAUUGGUGUUGACUUUCCCCUGGGGCAUGAUGAUUGUUCAACAAUAGAGCAAAUUCAUAAAUUAUAGAUUGUGCUAAUGGAGUGGACCCUCUAAUCUUAAUUUUAGUAAUGACAGGAGGCGAGUAUAUGCAUAAUCUUUCUUUACUUAACAACUGCAGCAGCACAGAUCAAUCAAAAGUUUUAACCUAUCAGAAUCAAGAAACAUUUCUACAUAUGUCUCUGUGGUGCCUGCCUCUUCCUCUUUCUUUGAAGCGAAACUAGUAGAACAAGAACAAGAACAAAGUCAAUAACAUAGUGGAUCCGUUAAACUUCAACAACAGAUGGAAACAGCCAGUAAUCCGUGGUAGCUCAGUAUAGGUAGCCAAUGUUCAUACUGAAAAGAACAGAAAUAAGUGAAAGGGAGGUUCAAGAAGAAACAAGGAAGGGAAAUACUCGCCUCUUGUCAUCACUGAAAUUAAGAUUAUAGAUACACUCCGUUAACAUAAUCUACAAUUUUACCACAUGACAGAAGGCUUCAUAUUUGCAUUUUUAAUGCUAUGUAAGAAGAGCAAAGAAAGCAUGAGAAGUGGGUCUGAAGUAUAAAAUCUGAAAAGUGUCUUUGCAAGACCAGUCCGCAGAACGCAUGAUAUCCGACAAGGAGGCGCCCGACGAAAAGGCUUGCGUUGCAGCCGCUGCAUAUGGAAUGCGCCCUGAAUGACUGUUCGAAGCCCGCCAGAGACAAAAGCCAUCUGACCCAUCUAGCGAGGGUCGUGGAUGAGACCGGUCCAUGUGGGUGGAUAUAAGACAGGAGUAAUUGUCCCGAGGAAGUACGACGGAGAGUUGCGGUAACUUCCACAUAACGAAGAAGCAUUUUGACCACGCAGAGUCGUGGAGUGAAGGAAAAAAUGGGUAAAAAAACGAGGACGAAUUUGUUUUCGCCCUUCUAGAAAACCAAAAAGGGAUGUGGGCUGCCGAUAUUGCUGAUCAUGUAACGUUAGCCGAACGAUAGGACUGGCCCGUCAAAAAUAAAGAGGAUAGGAAGUUCAGAACUAAAGGAACAGGGGCUGAAAUGGGAUCCAAGUCCCUCUCCAAACACCAGCGAGACCAUCUGUUCCAGGCUGCCAGGUAGUACCGUCGAGUGCCUGGGGCCCAUGAGUCCCACAGAAGAUCCUUAGAUCCCAUCGAUGUCCCAAGACCAUCCAGGCCAACAAAUGGAGUUGUUCUUGUAGGACGAGCAGAUGUAACUCCCCUUGAGGGUUGGUUAGUAGGGAUGAGAAGGUCGGGAGUCUCAGUGGGUAGUUGCACGAUAGUUCCAAUAGGUCCAGGAACCAGGCCUGACUUGGCCAGAGUGGUGUUAUCACAAGGAUGGUUGUCCCUUGAUUCCGUAUCUUGUGUAGGACCCUCACUUUCAUGGAGAACAGAGGAAACGCAUAGGCACCCUGGGUGCAGAAAUGCGUCCGCUGAUUCGCAUUCCGGAUCCGGGAGUCAUCUGUAAAACCUGGGCAGUUGGUGAUACGCCCUGGAAGCGAACAGGUCUAUUUGUAGUGGACUCGUGUGUGAUAACAGAGCCCGGAAGACUUCCACAUUCAAAUGCCAGUCACUGUUGUCCCUCCAGUGGCGGGAGUACCAGUCUGCUACGAGGUUGGAUGUCCCUGGUAGUUAUUCCGCUUUUUUAGCAUGAUGUUCCUGGCCAGGCAAAAGGUGUAAAUGUCUUUGGUCAUCUCCAAAAGUGCCCUAGAUCGGGCCCCUCCCAGGCAAUUAAUAUAUUGCAAUGCUGACAGGUUGUCCAUGCGCAGUAGAAUACAGCAAUUCGACAUGUGUUUGGCCAAGCUCCUGAUGGCAAAGGAGCCUGCUACUAGUUACAAGCAGUUGAUGUGUGUCUCUGACUCUUCGUGAAGCCAUGGGCCCCCUGUGAAGGCAUCUGCACAGUGUGCCCCCUAGCCCCACAGGCUGGAAUCCGAUUUUACCACAAAGUCUGGUGAGGGACCAAAGAUGGCAUUCCCAUUCAAGGGUAGCAUAUGGACAAGCCACCACCUGAGUUCGGUGCAUACUUCUGUGUUGAGUGGUAUUACCUGAUCGUAUGAGUAUCCUGCUUGCAGAAAGCAUGCUUUGAGCCGUUGCAUGGCUCUAUAAUGGAGAGGUCCCGGGUAUAUCGCCUUGAUGGAUGUGGAGAGCAGACCCACAACCUGUGCUAGGAGUCGAAGUGGGAUGCGUUUCCUCCGUAGCAUUUUCCUGAUCUCUUUUCGGAUGGAGGCAAUCUUUGACAAUGGUAGGCGCAGUAAGCACGUCAUGGAGUCGAUUUCGAAUCCCAAGAACUGAACCUUCUGUGAUGGCGUGAGGGCCGAUUUUUCUCGAUUUACAACAAACCCCAGUGAUUCCAGAAACUCCACGAUAAAUCUCGUCUGAGAUAGCAGUUAUGAGGACGAACCGCAGAAGAUCAGAAUAUCGUCUAGGUAAAUUAGACACCGGACACCCAUGGCGCACAGGUGCACCAUGAUGGGCUUCAGCAGUUUUGUAAAACACCAAGCUCAGUCCAAAUGGCAGGCAGGUGAACUGGCAUGCGGUGUCCCUCCAACGGAAACGCAGGAAUCGUCUGCAGGAGGGUGCGAUGGGAACUGACAGGUAAGCAUCCUUGAGGUCCAAGAGUGAACCAAUUGUCCUUCAGUAGAAGGUCGCGGAGUAGAUGGCUACCCUCCAUCUUGGAGUGGCAGUAGACCAUGAACGAGUUCAACUGUCGAAAGGUUGAUGACUGGUCUCAAUUCGCCUGUCUUCUUUUGCACCAAGAAAAUGUUGCUGAGAAACACCCUGUCUUUGGGGGCCAGCUGGACAGCGCCUUUCGAGAAUAGAGCCCAUAUCUCUGCGUCUAUGUGAAGUACCUGGGAUUCGUAAUGUGUGUGUACGUCUCGAUUGGAGAGGGUUUCUAUGAUGAAUCCCUGCAACAUCUGCAAUAUCCAUGCAUCCGCCGAGAUGUCCCUCCAGUUCUGGAAGAAAAGAGACUGUCUCCCUGUGUUUAGCAUAGAACAAGGGGAAUGUAAAGUAGGACUCACCUGAGGGAAAGUGACCACGUCCCCAUCUGCGGGAGCCUCUAGUCCUGGGUGUGCCUCAAUAGUUUGUGGACUGUCGGUAGUUGGAACUCAGGUAGAAUGAGUUGGAAGAUGCGUUGGACCUGGGUCCCAAGGACCAGAAGCGGCUGGUGGCACGGCAUCUCUGCCACUCAGCUCUUCAGAAAAUACCACGUGAAGAUUGAUGACAGAAGACCUGUCGGAGGGACAUCUGGGCCUUGUUGAGCAUAGUGAAGAGGGAUACAUGUUUAUUUAGUUCGAAGAUGAAGGUGUCUCCAAACAAAAGGCCUUUUGGCAGCUGCCACUAGUUCCUUAAUGGCCAUGUUCAGGAGUUUGGCAUCCAAGCGGACCAGUGCCCCUCUGCAUCUUUCCGUGCAUAGGGCCGCAUUCGUGUUGCCUAGGAGGCAUAUGCUUUGUUGCGCCAUUCACCGCACAGCAUGGGGAUCAAGUAGCGUGCCCUGGAACAGGGUUAUGUCUGCAAAGUACAGUAGCUUUGCUAAGCGGCCCAGGAUGUUGAGCAGCUUGUCCUGUGUGGGCUUCAGACCACGUUCAGCUCCUUUCCUGGGGUCCCAUCCCAUCCGGGACAUGAAAAUGACCACCGUCUGGUCAAAUUCCGGAGUCAACUCCCACUGUGCAUGUGAGCAGCGGGUGAAACACCCCGUAAUCCCCACCACCCGGCUACCCCCCCACACAAUGCCAAAACCAGCAGGAGGAGCAAGACCAGCACCCUACCCUCCCAAAACUUUCCCGCCGGUAGAGAGGCCAGGCACCACAGAGACAUAUGUAGAAACGUUUUUUGAUUCUGAUUGGUUAAAACUUUUGAUUGAUCUGUGAUGCUGGAGUUGUUAAGUAAAGAAAGAUUAUGCAAAUAGGAAAGCCUCCUGUCAUGGAGUUGUUAAGUAAAGAAAGAUUAUGCAAAUAGGAAAGCCUCCUGUCAUGUGGUAAAAUUUAAGGAUAUCACAGAAACUUUGAGCUGCUGCAAUGCUAUAAACAAUAAACAAGAUGAAUGCCUUGCUGGAAAACAAGGAAGUUGUUCCUGGUGGCACACUCCGCUGAUGUAGAAGCAGUAGUCUGGAAGCUGAAAGACCUACUUAAAACGUGUCUUCUCAAACAAGUUAGUAAUUUUCUUGAACUGAUUCUAGUUUUUAUCCUCGGAUUAAGGGGCACAUGGCAUACUGACUGCUGGCUGCCCUCAGCCAAUGAAUGCAACUCUGUGCUUAGAAAAAUGCAUAAGAUUGACAUUAGCCAGACCUGCAAAAAGCUGUGCCAGACCAUUUUUCUAGGUUGGCUAAUGACACCCCUAUGAUGCUGUCAGAGGUGAAAUUACACCUCCAGCAGCAAAGGAGGCACAUUUUGUGUGUGCAGCAUUUCAUAAUGAAACACUGCACAUACAGAUUCCAGUUACCAUGCCCACUUCAAAUCACUGAAGGGAUCAUGGUGCUUGGAGUGACCCUUUAAGAUACAAUGCUGUAUGCACCUGUUAUUUUAUUUAGGUAGGAGGAACACCUUGCUUCCUCUGUCAGAGUCUCAAUUACAGAUAAAGCACAUAUAUUCAGGUUGACCAGAUCCACCAUGUUUUCAGAGACACAUAUAAAUAAUUUAUUUUUUUACAUUAGGAGAUAUAUAGCACCAACAUAUUUCACAGAACUUUAUAAUGAUAGAAAAAAAAUGAUAUUUAGAAGUGAAGAAUGCUCUACUCUAACAAGCUUACAAUCCAUGAAGUUUUGAGGCAGGCAGAUAUAUCUAGUUAGGUGUUUUGCCCAAGGAUAUUUAGUGGUAAGGUCAACGUGCCAUAUGUUUAAUAAAGUGGCAAGAGACUAGUGAGAAUUAUCAAUAUAAGUGUCAAAAUAAGGAGUAGAUUUAGUGUGGCAAGGUCAAUUUGUGUUGUUUACAAUGAUACCACUCCUCGUUGAAGUCCCCUACUAUACCUGUUGAUGAUCUUCAUUCAGUGGUGUAUCCUGGUUUUGUGCUGCCCUAGGCAGGACAAAGCUCAGGCACCCCCCACCCCCCACGCCACCCCCACCCAACAGUUCCCCCCGCCCCACCUUCUAAAUACACACACACACAAACACACACACACAGUCAGAUACAAACACAGUCAGAUACAAACACAGUCAGACACAAACACACACACACAGUCAGACACAAACACACACACACACAGUCAGACACACACACACAGUCAGACACAAACACACAGUCAGUCAGACACACACAGACAGUCAGACACACACACAGUCAGACACACACACACACACACACACUUUUUUUAUUUUAAAUUUAACCCCCCCCCCCAGCCUCCUUACCUUUGGGAAUGCUGGGGGGGUCUCUUUCUCCCUGGUGGUGCAGUGGCUGCCAGUCGGGCUGGGCGGGCCCGCACAGCAGCCAGCGCCGACACGCCCAGCCCAGCAUUUGGGGCGCAGCGUUUUUUGCCGCUUCCUGAAAAAUGCCACCCAAGACAAAUGCCUUGUUUGCCUCGCGGCUAAUACGUCCCUGUCUUCAAUAGAGUGUAAAACUAGAAUUUAUAGAUUAAUUGGAGAGAGAAAUUAUGGUUUAAACAUUAGCACAGACAAUGUGAAGAUUAAGGUUAGAUAUUAAUUACUUUACAAUUUUUAGACAGACAUCUGUUUUUUUGUAAACUCAGUUCAUUCCCAGGACACAACUACAGCAAAGACAAACAGUUAAAACCCUGCAAUAACAAAAUGAUCUCAUCACAUAAAAUUUAAAUCUUCACAUAAAAACUUUCAUGCCUGAUCUUGCACAGAAAAUACUCAAUAGUAGGUUGGUAUUAAAUCCAAAAAGCUAUGCCAGAUCAUAUGUCUUGUUUUUGCAUGGAUAAUUAUCUCUAAAUGAUCCCAGAAACUCAGGGUACAAGUGUUUACUCAUUGUAUGUCAUCUGCCAAGUUCUACACCCAAGUGUUAACUCUUUGAGGACCAAGUGAACUGUGCUUAAAAGUUUAACAAUGAGUCUCAGAGUUAUUUUUUAGACUAAGGGUUAAUAUUUAAUAAUCCAUCUAAACAUUACAAAUAAUCUUUUCAUUCAGCUUUUAUUAAAGCAGUGAAAGCAGGUGAACAGGAUUAGAUGAUUAGCUAUAUUAUUUACAAGGCUUAAUUUACACGCUUAAAACAUUUUUUUUUUUUUUUAAUCAUACAAUAUUUGGUGUGUUUUUUGUGGACAUAAUAAAGAGUGCAAGAUGUACAUUUAUGUUAUGCAUUGUGUAAUAUAUUUAUAGUAUUAUUUCCUUCAAAUGAAACAUUUAACCCCUUAAGGACUGAGCCAAAUGUACACGUUGUAAUCAAAACAAAACGUAAACCAUAGCUUGAAUUUGCGCUGUAUGUCUGUUCAGGCGUAAUUCGCCUCUUACAUAUUAUGUGCACCCACACUUAUUAUAUAUCAUUUUCUUCAGGGGAAAAAGGGCUUUUAUUUAACAUCAAAUAUUUAGGUAUGAAACAUAAUUUAAUAUGAAUAAAAUAUAAAAAAUUGGGAGAAAAUAAGAAUAAAAAAAAAUAAUUAGUUCUACGUGACAUUUUAACUGUGAAUGCCAUAAUAAUGUUUGUUUUACUGCAAUAAAAUACCCAUAUUUGUAUUCAACAAUGUCUCAUGUGUAAAACAGUACACAACAGUACACAGUUUUGGGAAGUUACAGGGUCAAAUAUAGCAUGUUACCGUUUUCAGUUUUUUCACAUUGAAAUUCGCCAGAUUGGUUACGUUGCCUUUGAGACCUUAUGGUAGCCCAGGAAUGAGAAUUACCCCCAUGAUGGCAUUCCAUUUGCAAAAGUAGACAACCCAAGGUAUUGUAAAUGGAGUAUGUCCAGUCUUUUUUAGUAGCCACUUGGUCACAAACAAUGGCCAGGAAAACAUAUACGUAGAAUUAUAUACAGAUGGGGUAAGUUCCAUAAUUAAUAUUUGGUAUAUAUUGGUAUAUUUUAUGCACUGUCAUUAUCUUGAUAAAGACCCUGAAGGGUUGAAACGUUGAUGUAGAUUGAUGAAUAUUUUUUUAAUACACUAUUGGCAAAUCCAAGUGAGUGCUCUUGUUUAUUGGACUGGAGGCACCCGGGUAGUUUAUUUUUUAUUUUUCACGUGGCGGUUGAGUGCCAGAGUCCGAUAUAUAUAUAUAUAUAUAUAUAUACGUGUGUGUGUGUGUAUAUAUAUAUAUAAUUUUUUGUUUAUUUUUAUUUAUAUAUAUAUGGAUAUAUAUUUAUAUAGUGAUAUAUACAUAUAUACUUAUGUAUUUAUAUAUAUAUAUAUAUAUAUUAUUUUGUUCUACAUGUAUUUUGAUAAAAAAAAAUAUAUAUAUAUAUAUUAAUUUUAAAAUACAGUUAGAACAAUCUUACACAUAUAGAUUUUUUAUUUUAUUAUUUUUUUUACGUAUUUUUACGUAUUUGCAUAUUUUUAUAUAUCAUAAUUAGUCCGUUGUGCUGCCAUCUUCAUCCACCGGAAAGAAGGUAUAUCCCCCUUUAGUGGGUAAUAAGCUGUUUAAAACCCUAAUUCUCAAAUUGGCUCUAUAGAAGGUGAGCACUAUACCUUAUGAUAUCUAUUUAUAUCCAUAUUUUGGUCUAAUAUACUACACUAGAUAGAUAUCUUCCCUUUGUUUCUUUCUGAGGGAAGGUGUCUCCUUCAUUCAAAUUCAUGGCGUUUGAGAUUUGAGCCAGUUCUACACUUGGCUCUACCCUUGUGAGUUGCAUUUUUUCUACCUAAGGACCUGCACAUCAGCCUUAGCAUACUUCACUAUUUUACUUUUAUCUUUUUGUUUUAUGUACUCAACUUCUCCUUGGGACAUUUGAUACCCCUGUUUUUAGGGGUAAGUACGCUUUAGUGCUCCACUCACUGAGUUUUCUGGGAGAGGACUGAUUUUUAUCACCCCCUACCUAACUCUCCAACCUACACUCUAAAUGUUAUAUGUAUGUAUGAUGGUUAGUAAUGGUUAGUAUUAUUCCUCCUUUGUUUACUAUUAUCUAAUAACAGCAUCUAUCGUUUAACACUACAGACUAUUACUACAUUGCUACUUUGAUCUGAUAUUUACCAUUUACCACUUUCAGGAAUUAUUUGGUCAAAUGGGGAAAACUGGAAAGUGAUGAGAAGAUUUACCAUCUCAACACUCCGUGAUUUCGGAAUGGGAAAGUCCAGCAUAGAGGAGAAAAUUACUGAAGAAUGUAGUCACUUGAUUCAGCAUUUUGAAUCAUUUAAAGGUUUGUAAACAUAAACAUUUUAAAGUUUUAAAAUAUAAAUAUGUUUGCUAUAAUGAUUUGAGAUUUAGUUUUAUCUCUUUUUAUGUAUAUAUUAAUAGAAACAUAGAAUGUGACGGCAGAUAAGAACCAUUCGGCCCAUCUAGUCUGCGCAAUUUUCUAAAUACUUCCAUUAGUCCCUGGCUUAUCUUAUAGUUAGGAUAGCCUUAGGAAUAUGCCAAGCAUGCUUAAACUCCUUUACUGUGUUAACCUCUACUACUUCAGCUGGAAGGCUAUUCCAUGCAUCCACUACCCUCUCAGUAAAGUAAUUCUUCCUGAAAUUAUUUUUAAAACUUUGUCCCUCUAAUUUAAGACUAUGUCCUCUUGUUGUGGUAGUUUUUCUUCUUUUAAAUAUAGUCUCCUCCUUUACUGUGUUGAUUCCCUUUAUAUAUUUAAAUGUUUCUAUCAUAUCCCCCCUGUCUCGUCUUUCCUCCAAGCUAUACAUGUUAAGAUCCUUUAACCUUUCCUGGUAAGUUUUAUCCCGCAAUAUUUGUAUUUAUUUUUGUAGCAGAGAAUUUUGAAAUGACAAGAUUUUGGGAGAACCUCUUUUUCUCAAGUAUAUCAUAUGAAAUUAGUAUAGUUUGAAGCAUAUAUAUGGAGAAUUAUAUAUAUAUAUAUAUAUAUAUAUAUAUAUGGAAGGCGUGGCCUGAAGUUGUGGGAAGGGCUGGGUUACCCUUCUUAAGGGACUCCAGACCCUUCCCUCACUACCUGUUAGGUGCGACGGAUUCUCACGAAAGUCUUCGUCACUUCCGGUUUUCAGACAGCAGUUUCCGGCGGGCUCGCUCGCACGCGUCAGGUCGGGCAGUUCUCCGAAGCAUCCAGCACUACAUCCGGAUACCACGGGUGGGAGCACGCUAGGUCAGGCAGUCCGCGGAAAAUUUUUCACACGGCAAAUCGUAAGUUGAAACGGCCGUCGCAAAUUUGGCGGCGCGGCCGUUUUACGUCAUCACUAAGCAUCAAUACUACACGCUCACAAUUUCUAUUGUAAUACUAUGUUAUACAACAACCUACUCACAACUUUGUCACAUUAUAAGCACUCUUAUGCUUAUUUCUUACGUUACUAUUAUUCCUGUGUCCAUUCAUUACAACGCUGUUACCUAAAAGCAUACACUAGGCACCAGAGCGACCUCUGGUGUCUAAAAAAUUGUGAUUUUGAAUUCUUAUACCUGUUCUGUCAUUUAUGCUAUUUUAAAAUUGCAGUUAUUUAAAGCAGUUUGGCAUAUGGGGUUACAAUCAGUAGUGUGUACAGAUACGUUUUAUAUGGGGCACGUAUUUUACAAUUAGGCUGCUAACCUAACAAUGACUACGGAUCUUGGUAUUGGGGAAUAUAUAUAUAUGCAUGAUUAGCACUUAAGAUGUCGUGUAAACUCUUUCAGUAUUUUCUGCAUUCCCACGGUGGGCAGCUAUUCUAACAACUUGCUCAGGACUUAGGUCCCUUCACUCGAGUUUCUACUUAACAGUCACCCUACGCCAGGGUCCUCAUAUGUGUUUUCUGUAUUUUAGGUAUAGGCAUCCUUGCUCUUGUUAAUUGGUGCCCAGCCCUCUGCUAGGGCAAUAUUGCCGGUAGGUAUCUGAAUAACAGGGGACUUAGGGGUUAUAUUUCUGUGCCCGUACAAAUAUAUAUUACUUUCAUAGGUGACUACAGAUCGUCUGUACCUCCUUUUCCUCAUUAUAGCUGUCAAACCGCUCAUCAGGUACGUCAUAUCUUUUUCGACUAUUUUCCCCAUACCUUCCCUUUCGGCUUAGUACAGAUUUACUGGCUUACAAUAAAUAGGACCCACUAGCUACGUUUUCUGGCCUCUUAUGCCUUCGUUAGUGGUCCCGCGAGGCCAACACCCAUCCUCAUUUCGGAGGUACGGCAUUCCCUCGGGCCAUUUCAUAGCUAGCCGCCUCGCUUAGUUGCAUAGAGAGGGCCUCACUUGUCACUCCCAUUCUGUCUUAUGCCUUUACAAGUCACAGAGAGGCCACCACCCUGCCAUAAUGCCAAUGGCCACGUUUUCCACACGCGCCAAAUCAUAGAUAGUGCCUCUCAAGGCCGCUUGGCUACUAGCAGGGCCUCACCUGUCACGUUACUUAAUAAUUCUUCGCCGCUUGGCAUUAGUUAUCAUAAGCCAGUUGGAUAGCACCCCAGGUAACAUGUUAUUUUAUGUUGUAGCAUGUCUCAAGCUCCGGAAGGAAGGGAAGUUGAGUCCUUACCCAGUACACCAGCUAGAUCAGUCACGCCGUCUCGGGGUGACGACAUCGCAAGCCCUGCCUCACUCAGGGCAUGGACUAUUCCCAGGAUCACGGCCGAAUUAAGGAAGAGAAAUAUUCCUUUCCCUGCUACAGCUAGGAAAGCAGAACUGUACAGAUUGCUGAACACACAGACUGAUAACGCUGGGGCGGGUGAAGGGUCCAGUGGCACCCAGUCUUCAGAUCUGAAUACGAUUCUGUCCUCAGUUCUGACCUCUUUGGGGCGUAUUACUGACAAGCUAGACAAAAUGGAUGCAGAUAGCCAGCAAAAGUCACUGGCUGCUGCAGUGGAUCCGGCCGCUUCGGUCCAUUUGGACCCCCUACCGGGUAAUUUACAACAUAGGUUAAAAGACCCACAUAUUAUUAACCCCGCACACAUGGUGCCUGCUAAAACAAAGAAGGACAUCUUGGAGGGGAAAGAUAUCAAUUUGGUUUCACUUUUGAUAGCCUCACAAGAUGUCCUAGAGAAUAAGACCUACGCAUACGGUGAUGUAUCAGUGGUAUUGAAGUCCAGAGACCCCAGGUUGAAUCAGAAGCUAUCAAUUCCAGAAUUUGUACUGGCUUUCGGUAUAUACAGAGAUGUAAUAUGCUCGGUAUACCCGGAUAGGAGGGAGGAAUUGGACCUGUAUCUCAACAAGCUGGUGGAUUUGGGGCAUAAGUACGGUGGUACGUCUUUUUACGACUACCACCGUGCCUUUUCCGCGAAGGCGUCGGCAGCCCUUUCACAGUUCAAUUACCAAAUGGAUUGGGGCGUCCUGGAUACAGAGCUUUUUUGCCGACACUUCGCGGGCCUAAAAACCCCAGCUUGUGCCAUUUGCUCGUCCAAUUCUCACACGGCUAAUCUGUGCCCUAAUUCUCCAGAGGUAAACGCUGUUUUUCCACCUCCUAAUGUAGUACCCACAGGGAGACCUGGCAAGGUGCUUAAAGAUAAACUAGGCCGUGACAUAGUGUUUUUGGGUAAAUCGCAGGUCUGUAACAAUUUCAACUCAGGUUCCUGCGGUUACAGUGCCUGCAGACUUCUCCAUGUUUGCUCACUAUGUUUCAGAGCUCACUCCAAGGCAAUGUGCCCAAAUAAACUAUACCCUAAGCAGUACUUAUCGUCUCUUCAUGUCUCCCUACUGAAACAACUUUUGCGGGAUCACCCUUCCCAACAUCUCGUUGAUUUUUUGGUGACAGGGUUUAAGAUGGGGUUUCACACGGGUAUUAUUCACAUGCCCACGGGGAUCCUAGAAUGUAAUAAUUUGCAGACAGCCUUGGCAGCACCCAACACUAUCGACUUACUCCUACAGAAGGAAAUUGACCAAGGUUUCUUAUUAGGCCCUUUCAACCCCCCGCCUUUCGCAGUUUGGAGGACAAACCCCAUAGGACUGGUCACCAAUAAAUCCUCCAAUAAACAAAGAUUAAUUCUCGAUCUGUCCGCCCCCCAUGCAUCUCAUACCCCAAGUCUGAAUUCACUAAUCCCGUCUGAGGAGUUUUCCCUCCAGUAUGCCACCAUCGAUCAUGCAGUCACAGCCAUACUCUCAGCAGGGGUAGGGGCAUGGCUGAGUAAAACUGAUAUUGCCAACGCUUUUAAGCUGCUCCCUAUCCACCCAUCCCUAUGGCAUUUGCAUGGUGUUAAGUGGCGAAGUUCAUAUUACUUCUUCACGCGUCUCACGUUUGGCUCAAAAAGCAGCCCUAGGAUUUUCGAUAUCUUCGCGGAGACGUUGUGCUGGAUGCUGCUUAACAUCUGCAGAUGUCCCACAGUUAUCCAUUACCUGGACGAUUUCCUGACCAUAGAAAGUAACCUAGUACCUCCCAGUAGCCUCCAGUCUAUCACAAAACUGUUUACACAACUAGGGGUGCCUAUUUCACCUACCAAGACUGAGGGUCCGGAUACUAUCAUCCACUUUUUGGGGGUGGUACUGGACUCUGUACACAUGCAAGCUAGCCUACCCAGAGAAAAGAUUGAGCGCAUCCUGGCAGCUAUCGACCUUUACUUAGGAGGAGGCUCAUGCAAUAGGAAGGAGUUGCAAUCCUUGUUGGGUUCUCUAAAUUUCGCUAUGAGAAUCAUUCCACAAGGUAGAGCAUUCAUUUCAAGGUUACUUAGCCUGUUUCCAAUGUUGCAAUCUGACACCUCCCGCAUUACUUUAGACGUACAGGCCACCGCUGACCUACAUAUGUGGAAGGAGUUUUUGCAAAAUUGGAACGGGAAAAGCAUGUUUAUACCGGUUUGGUCAGAGAAGUCGGAGUCAGUCUGGACGGAUGCCGCAGCCACCUCAGGUUUUGCAGCAAUAUGGGGCAAUGAAUGGAUGUGGGGAGAAUGGCCUAGGGAAAUUACAGAGAUCCCCGGUUUAAGGACACAUCAGCCUUGUUUGAGCUCUAUCCUAUCUUAGCGGCAGCAGUUAAGUGGGGAGCAAGUUGGUCCGGGAAUACGGUUCGUUGCUUCUCGGACAAUAUGGCAACAUGCCAUAUUGUAAACAAGGGGCGUUCCUCUUCCCUCACCAUCAUGCGUUUCAUGAGGACUCUCACAUGGCUCGCUGCAAAACACAGUUUUCUUCUCACUUGUGUUCAUGUGCUUGGGGUUCUCAACAUUGCAGCUGAUCAUUUGUCACGGUCUCGGUUUCAGGAGUUUCGGGAGGCCCUGUCAACAGCGGCCCUCAUACCAACUCCAGUUCCAAAGUGGCAGGAAAUGAUCUGGGACUAAAAGUUCUGCUAUGUCAAGGGCGACAACUCUCACAGCUCGGUCUCUCCGAUAAUACCAGAAAGGCAUAUGAAAGGGCUUUCCAUGUUUUCAAUAAAUUCUUGUUGGACUUUAAUGUCACUGACCAGUUUUCUAUGGAAACCAUUAUUGCUUUUAUUUCUUUUUGCCACUUUCGUCUAACAUUAUCUUACAAUACCAUCAAAUUAUAUAUCACAGGCAUUCAGCAUCACAUCCUCACCACUUGGCCUAACAAACAACGCUUUCUGUCGUCCUACCAAGUUAAGGCUAUACUUAAAGGCAUCAAAGACUCCGCCCCUAUAGCCUCACCAACUAGACUACCCAUACACGAUGUAUUGUUUCAGUCACUGUCAAAACUACUAGACACCUCACCCUUUGAAGCUCAUACUAAUCGUGUAAUUAAAGCCGCCAUCUAUCUAGCAUUUUACGGGUUUUUACGGCCCCGAGAAUUCACUACUACUAGCUAUAAUUCACCCAUUUUCCUCACAAGGUCCGAUCUCAUAAAGGUCCAAGAUCACUAUCUUCUCUUACUGCACCAUACCAAAACAAGCGCCCCCGGGCAAACGGUCACUAUACCCUAUUACCCCACAAGUAAUACUUGGUGCCCGGUGAAGGUUUUCGACACCCUUCUUGCCUUUGACAAUAUGGGCCCCACACAACCACUCCUGUCCUUGCACGGCAAUAAGCUCACUACGAGCCAAUUCAUGAUGUAUAUUAGGAAAUUGUUAGCCCGGUUAGGACUGAACCCAGCCAGCUACUCUGGUCACUCUUUUAGAAUAGGAGCCGCCACCACCGCUUCUAAAAAGAAUAUCCCUGCUCACAUUAUUCAGAUACUAGGACGAUGGAAAUCUACGGCAUACACCAGAUACAUACCUCAGCCCAUACAAGAAGUACAAAUAUAUACAAAGUAACAGGGCGCCACAGUCACUAUAUCGGUAUAUAUGAGGGCAAGAAAAAUAUAUAUAAUGACUAAUAUCCAAAAAAUAGUAAUUUAUUGACACAAGAUAAAAAAUAACAGCACCUGUCCUGAGCUCCUGAGGAAGUCUGGCGACGAAAGUCUGGCGACGAAACGCGUUGAGCAUUGAACACUGAGCACUAUCUGGGACCCUGCAUUGUGGUAUCAGCGGUUUUAUUUUGUGUGUAUGCUGUUUGUUUACAUUUAUACUUUGGGCCAUUUGAAUAUAUAUGUGUCAUUUACUUGGUGCAAUUUUAACACCAGCAUUUUGCCUUUGAGCAUUUGCACUUUCAUUUUGCACUUUAGCAUUUUGCACUUUAUUGCCCAGUUCAGCAUUAUGUAUCAUUGAGCUGCUAUACCUAUGGGUUCCUGCUUAUUUAUUGUUUUGGCACUUAUUAUUGUGCUGUUAUUUUUUAUCUUGUGUCAAUAAAUCACUAUUUUUUGGAUAUUAGUCAUUAUAUAUAUUUUUCUUGCCCUCAUAUAUACCGAUAUAGUGACUGUGGCGCCCUGUUACUUUGUAUAUAUUUCUAUUUUGAUUAUUGGAUUUGGAGUGUCCAAUCUACAGAGGCUGGCCUGCACUUGGUUUAUAUCCAUUGUUACUGUUCAUUCACCCAUCUUUCUAUUUUCUUGUUCAUACAAGAAGUACGCCUGGCUUUCAAAACUAUGAAUUUGUAAUCUGUUAUGUCCGGUUGUAGGACGAAUAAAUGGUUAUCUCUUUUUGCCCUCUUUUAUUUCAGGCCUACUUCCUCGUCAGUUCCGGCACACCACAACUGACAUUUCCUUUCAUGGUUUGUCCUAUUUAUAUAAGUUAUACUACGUUUAUGCCCUGACCACAAAUGGAAGGCGUGGCCUGAAGUUGUGGGAAGGGCUGGGUUACCCUUCUUAAGGGACUCCAGACCCUUCCCUCACUACCUGUUAGGUGCGACGGAUUCUCCCACCCACCACACUGCUUUCAUAAGCAUUUUUAUAAGGUAGGCCCUCUUUUAUUUCAGGCCUACUUCCUCGUCAGUUCCGGCACACCACAACUGACAUUUCCUUUCAUGGUUUGUCCUAUUUAUAUAAGUUAUACUACGGCUUAUGCCCUGACCACAAAUAUAUAUAUAUCAUAUAAAAUUAGUAUCAUAUAAUGACAAAGAAGUAGAGGGAAAUCUGUCCCUAUAAUAAAAAUCUCGAAGAUACUUUAUUUCUACAAAUAAGAAUGGUGCAUACAUCUAGAUAUAAGUGUCUAUGAAAUUAGAAUUGUAUAAUAUCUUUUUUAUUGGACGAACAGAAUAUACAUUUUUGAAUGACAAACGUUUGGGGGGAACCUCCCUUUCUCAAGUCUAAAGAAAAAUGCAUCAAACUUGAGAAAAGGAGGUUCUCCCUAAAUCUUGGCAUUCCAAAAUUAUCUGCUACAGAAAUACUUUAUAUCAAAGGGAGGAUCUCCCAAAUCUUGUAUUUCCAAAAAUCUGUACUCCAACUUUAUAUAAAACAAACACUGACACUCGACUUUCAAAUCCAAAUACCUUGGUGCCUACAAUGCUGUAUUUAGCAAUUAAUUUGAAAAACUGGAGCACUCACUUUUUAUGCAAACAAAAUCUCCUUUAAUUAAGAAAAAAAUCAAACCAUGAUUGUUACAUUUGUGACCUUGUCUUUUUAUCAAAAAUGUAAAAAUCAUUGUUUAAAGUUUGUUGAAUUAAAGGAAUUUUUGUUUGCGUAAAAAGUCAUAAUAGUGUUCCAGUUCUUCAAAUUGAUAUGUAUAGAGUAUAGGGAUAGGUUUCUCUACCUUGUCUUCCAUCUACAGAAUUUCCUCACUUUUUGCAUUAUCACCAAUUUCUAUGAUUCUCCAUACCUUACCCUGGACAGAGCAAUUUGAAAGGGCCCUCACUUGCCCUACUUCCUCGCUGCUUAUUGUUUAAUAUUGGACCUACAUCCUAAAGAUUUCCGCAUUUACUGAUCUCUAAACUUUUGUAUCCCCUUCCAGUUCUUCUCACCUUGAGAACUUUGGAAAACUUUGGUAUUUCUUUUUGAAAAUAAUUUAACAUGGCCUAUUUAGAGUGUCGAUUUAUUUAGAUUUUACAAAACCAUAGGUUCACCCAGUUAAACAUUUCCAGUAGUUGUCAUUUUCUGUUUUUAUGGAACAAAUUAAUGUAUAAUGUUUUCUUUCCUCUUUGUCUUACCUGUUUAUCUGAGCUAUCAUUUUAUUGCAUGAAUCCUUCAUCUCGUGAUGUUUGUUUGAAAUUUACAGGUAAACCCUUUGAAAGCACCAUGAUACUGAAUGGCUCAGUUGCCAACAUAAUAGUGUCAGUAUUACUUGGAAAACGCAUGGAUUAUGAAGACAAAACAUUCUUAAGACUCUUAAAGUUGAUAAAUGAGAAUGUGCAGCUCUUCGGAUCACCACAGGUUGCGGUAAUAAAACACUUUAUUAAUCUGUUAUUGACUUAAAUCUAAAACAGGUCUUAUUAGACAAGCAACUGGAUUGAAAAUUACAUGAUUUUGCUAUUGCAUGACGAAAAGUCAUGAUUUUAAUAAAGACACGGAGGCGAGUAUUUGCAUAUCCCUUUCUUUACUGUGCACUCCAUAGCAGCAAAGAACAUUAACAGAAUUGAAAGAAAAGGUAGUACAUGUCUCACACACAGGCCACGCCCCUUUAUGUCCAGUAUAUUACCCGGGUCCACCUUCCCCUUUCCCUCUUUCUGAAGGUGCUACACGAAAAAAAACGUAAGAACAUAACAUGUAGGUAACUGUCAACAAAACUUUGGGCUUUCUGUAACCCGCAUAACUGUGAGUCCCAUGGAAGCAAGUUCAUAAAUAGGUGAUGAUGAGCCAUUUCCACUGGAUGAGAAGGGUCAUUUCAUCCGGGCAUGGCAGCGUGUCUCCGGCUGACUCAUGCAGGUCCAGGUCAGGCUGUGAAAACAUAAGCGACAGAAACCCAAAGGUUAAAUCGGCUCUGUGUACCUAUAUCAAGGCCGGAAGAGGCCGAAUAUACAUAAUCUCACCUGAGCAUCAUGCUAGUGCAAUUGCAUCUAUACGACAAAGAACUACAUACCUAAGUGCAAGAAAAUGUCCCACUUACCACUUGUCCGUAGUCGUCCAUCUGCAGACGAUGUGGGUGGGAAAAUUUGUGGAAUAAGAUCCUCACAUACUUACGCAAGUUGGGUGGGACAAUACUCGCCUCUGUGUCUUUAUUAAAAUCAUGACUUUUCGUCAUGCAAUAGCAAAAUCAUGUAAUUUUAUUACAAGACACGGAGGCUCGUAUUUGCAAGUUUAAAGCUGGUCCACUACUGCCGUAAACAGGUGAGUAGUCGGGCGAAAGUAAUAUUCUCGGAAUGUCGACUCUCUAGACCAAUCAGCCAUCCUCAUAAGAUCCUCCAGGCGUGCCCCAGAUGUGAUAACUGCGGAUGCUGAGGCGCUCCUUACUGAAUGAGCCCCGAAAAUGGAGGUAUCGAUACCUGCUGAGCCGAGUAGCCACUUCAACCAACGGGAUAGGGUAGUGCUUACCACUGGUUUAAAAGGUGGACGGAGUGAGAGGAAGAGCUGGGAAGUAGUCGCCACCCGGUUAGUACGAGUGCGAUCCUCGUAUUCUCUUAAACACGCCACCGGGCACAAUGCUGGUGUAGAUGGGAAAGCCGGGUAUGAAACCGAUCUAAUUGAUGUUUUGGUUUGUCUAUUGAUGGUGAACGUUACCCCGUCAGGGGUGUAUGAUCUAGCGUCGAGGUCCAAGGCCCGGACGUCCGAUACUCUCUUGCAAGAUAUAAGGCAAAGGAGACAAAGUAAUUUGGCUGAUAAUUGGCGUAGGGAGAGAUCCGGAUUUGGAGGCCAGGCGAGGAGGAAGGACAAAAUAGUGGAAACAUCCCAAGUGGAGGAGUAGCAGGGCCUGGGUGGUCGGGAAAGUCUGGAGCCCCUUAGGAGUCUGCACACUAGUGGGUGUUGACCGGCUGGGUUUCCGUCCAAGCCUUGGUGUGUCGAGGAAAUAGCCGAUCUGUAUAAAUUGAUAGUUUGGUAUGCCUUCCCUUCCUCGAAGAGGGAUGUGAGGAAAUCCAGAAUGAGUGUCAUAGGGGCUGAAACGGGAUCCACGUUCCUAGCCAUGCACCAGCUAGCCCAAUUUCUCCAGGCUGACCCAUAUGCUCGUUGAGGGCCCGGAGCCCAUGCAUCCGCCAAGAGUCGUCGAGUAGAGUCUGAAACACCUCGGAUUUCCCAGGGUCCCCUGAAAUGCGCCAGGCCAGUAGGCUGAGAGAGGCAUUCACCAGGAGGGGGUGACAAUCCCCAGACGGGUUCCUGAGAAGGUCCUGGAAGGUUGGCAGCAAUCUGGGGAGAUCCACCGCCAUCUCCAAUAGCUGUGGGAACCAUGAUUGCGUCCACCAGAAAGGGGUGACGAGGACUAGUUCGGCCCACUGGCGGCGGGUCUGGAUGAGGGUGCGGGGGAUCAUCGAGAAUGGGGGAAACGCAUAUAGUGGGGUUUCUUGCCAGUUCUGCAGGAAGGCGUCCACGGCUUCUGCCGCUGGGUCUGGUCUCCAGCUGAAGAAAUGCGGGAGCUGGGCGUUGAGUCGAGAUGUGAAAAGAUCUAUAGCAAAAGGACCCCACAGAGAUGAUAUAGUGGAGAACACCUCCACGUCCAAUUUCCAGUCGCUGGCGUCUGAGAGAUAGCGAGAACUCCAGUCCGCCUGAACAUUGUGUAACCCUGGCAAAUAUUCUGCUUGAACCAUCAGGUUCCGUUCCAGACAGAACUCCCAGAAGUCCUUCGCUAAUCCGGCUAAGAGCGCCAAAUGGGUACCGCCCAUGUGAUUGAUGUACCGCACUGCCGAAACAUUGUCAAUGCGGAGGCGUAUACAUCCAUGUGCCUGAUCUUUCACAAAGCUGCAGACUGCGAAGGAGCCCGCCAGGAGUUCCAAGGCAUUGAUGUGUAACCGGGCUUCGGUUUCUGACCAGCGGCCUCCCGUAGACACGUCUGUGCAGUGAGCGCCCCAUCCCUGUAGGCUCGCAUCUGAUUCUAUGGUGAAUUCCGGGAGGGAGCUGAAGAUCACCUUGCCAUUCCAAGCGGACAGGUUGAAAAUCCACCAGCGGAUUUCAUCUUUUGUCUCUCUGUCCAGAGUCACCAGGUCCGCGUAGGACGCGCCGUCCCGUAGGUGCGCAAUCUUGAGUCGUUGUAGGGCUCUGUAAUGUAGAGGGGCGGGGAAUACCGCCUGAAUGGAGGAUGUUAAGAGGCCGAUCAAGCGAGCUAAUUGUCGCAACGUGAGUUGCGGUCGGAGGAGUGCCCUGCGCAGCUCCUUGCGGAGCGCACGAACCUUGCUCGUGGGCAGGCUCAAGAAUUCUUGAAGUGAGUCCACCAUAAAUCCUAGGAAUUCUAUCCGUGUUGUAGGGGUCAGACAGGAUUUCUCCCAGUUGAUGAUGAACCCUAGACGGGAAAGGAGAUCUAUUGCCAGUUUGAUGUGUCGCAAGAGGACCUGGUGAGCUUGAGCCAUGAGUAGGAUGUCGUCUAGAUAGACGAUAAGUCUUAUCCCUCGACUGCGUAGCCAGGCCAUCGCCGGGCGGAGGAGCUUGGUGAAGCACCAAGGGACCGAUGAGAGGCCAAAGGGGAGGCAGGUAAAACGCCAGGUCUUGUUGUGCCAAAGGAAGCGUAAGAGGUCCCGAGAUGUUUCUGCCACCGGGACUGUAAGGUAGGCAUCCUUGAGGUCUAGUUUCGCCAACAAAUCUCCGUGUUGGAGUAGGUCUCUCAGGAGGUGUAUACCCUCCAUCUUGAAAUGACGAUACUUUACCAAGUUGUUGAGGGGACGCAGGUUUAUAACUGGGCGCAUAAGGCCCCCUUUUUUCUCCACGUGAAAUACAUUGCUCAGGACCCCAGCAUUGCCUAUGGGUGCCUGUUCUAUCGCCCUCUUGUCUAGGAGGUCGAGUAGUUCCUCGUUGAUCAACAUGCGAUCGUGCCGAGAGAGGUAAAGUGGUCUGGGGGAGGGGAUGCUUACUGGAUCCCCCACUAGCUCUAUGUGAAACCCCCGUAUUGUGUUGAGCACCCAGGUGUCGGACGUCAGGUCCGACCAUGUUGGGAAAAAAUGUUGGAGUCUGCCCCCUACACAAACAUGAGAAAAACAUAGGUGUGUGCACAGAGUGUGAGAAUUGUAAAGACUCACCGUAAGGUCGUCUUGAGCCGGUGUAUCCACGGAAACCUCAUGAGCGCCAUUGCCGGCCGCGGGACGGGAAGAAUGGAGACCGGCCCCUUGUGUCGUGAUAGGUGGGGCGUUGAGUAAUGGAGCCUCAUCCCGUACUUCGGGACUGGAAAUAAUUCCGGGCGGCCAGACGGCUCCUAGAUCUGCCGGCCCUGGUAGAGACCCAUCCCUGGAAAACCUUUCUCAUAGAGGUUUGUGCUUUAUCAAGGGCAGUGAACGUGCCCACAUAACGCCCCAAGUCUUUGAUAAAUGAGUCUCCAAACAGAAGGCCCUGGGCAUCUUUGCCGGCUUCCGUGAGGGCCAAGUUGGCUAAUUUGGGGUCAAUUUUAAAAAGUAUGGCUUUAUGCCGUUCAAUUGAUAGGGAGGUGUUCACACUCCCGGCAAUGCAUAUUGCUCUUUGGACCCAGCCACGAAGGUCAUCGGGGUCAACCAUGCGGUGUUCCGCUUUGGCGUCUUCCGCCAGGUCAAACAGUUUGGCCAAGGGGCCAAAUAUGUCUAAGUGCUUGCUUGGCAGGCACGCAGGGCUGAGUCUAAACCCUUGCAUGGGUUCCAGCUCAGUUUGGUUAGGUACUGGGUCAUUUUUGGGUCCACUUCUGGGGUGUCACACACUUUAUUGGGGACUAUUGGUCUGGGGCAUUCUGCCCUAAGCUUGUUUCUUGCUGCCUUACUGAGUGGGCGCCGUACCCAGGCUUCUAGGUAGCCUGCAACGUGGUCCGCUGGGAGCCAUUCCGCGGACCUUGGGUGGUGAAGCUCGUCCGGGUCAAAUAAUGGCUCUCUCAGCGGAUCCACUAGGACGGACCCCGCGGCCGUGGGGGAUGCCAUCCCUAAUUCACCUCCAUGCGUCUCCGCUUGUGUGGAGGAAAAGGGGUCUGUGCCCCACUCAGGUCUCUCUGUAUCUGAGUCGGUCUCUGACUCGAUCUUGGCCUCCUCCUCUGACCCCAUUUCAGAGUCGGAGUCGCUCUCAAUUUGUGCUCUCGCACGUUUCCAAAGCCGCGCCCGUUCUGCCUGGCGCGGAAAGGCUUGUUUGCGUGAUUGGGUCACGAUUUCAGGGGCGACCAAUGGUGCACCAGUCUUGGUGUUUCUGGAGGCAGGGAGAGAAAUAUGUUUGGCUUUGUGCGUAGCCUUUCUAUGUGCCUGGUUACAAGGCUGUCCCAUAGGGCGCAUGAGGGUUGCGCCUAAAUCACUUGGAUCUGCAUCCAUAGGCCGUGCCAAAAGGGCUUGGGCAAUGGACUGAGAGAGGGCUGAUGACAUAGAUCCCAUUGCUGCCAUAAUGGCAUCGGACAUAAAGCGCUGAAGCGGCGUGAAUUGGGGUCCCUCUGAAAUAUGGGGGUUAUGACCUGAAGAGAGCGGGUUUGACAUGGUGGCUAAGGUCUCCCCUAAUGGGGUGGUGUUGUCCCCAUCCGUAUGGGCGGGGGAGACAGGCAUAUUGGGUUUAGGCAUAGUAAAAUCAAUGCUAGGGAUAAAGUCAGUGAGAGUAAUUCACCCAAGCUGACUGUUAAAGUAAUAGUAGAAUUGCAAUAUUCAAAACCAGAUAGGAGAAAAGUAUUUAAAAAUGCUGACAGACAGAAGACAGAGACUCUCACCAGGGCCCAGACCGUUGGUAGAAGGAGGGCAGGUCCCAAAAAGGGGGGAGGAGAAACAGGAGGGUCACUGAGUUGACCAGAAAAGAGCGGGAAAAGAAAAAAACGAAUUAAUGCAGUGAAUAGAUAGAAGGGUUUAAGUAAAGUGAAUAAAAAAGGUGAACAGUUGUUCGUCUAAAAAAUUCGAAUGAAAAAUUUGAAUGACAAAUUCAUCUAAAAUGAGGGAAAACAGCCGAACGGUCUAUGUGAUAAUGAGUGAAUGCGGAGACAGAAGUACCCAAGGAGAAAAUGGCGGUAAAGCGUUGAACAGAGACCAGAAAACAUGUAUAAGGUUUAGUGAGAGAAGGAGGUCAGGAAUUUCUCACAAGGAAUAAAGGUGGGGUACCCUUAGUGAGUAUAAGGGCACCCCACACGGUCUGGGAACCUGGGAGUACAACGAAGAAUUAAUAUUCAGUCAUAUAAAAUACAUCAAGCAGGAAAAUACAUCAAGCAGGAUGUAAGGAAAAGAUUAAUAAAAUUAUAAACGUAUAGUAAUGAGAAAAUGUGUAAUUGCGGAGAACAGACUGCAACAGUGUAGUAUAGAUAACAAAGUUACUAAUAUAAAUACAAAUUGGCAUAAUGUAGAUAAAACCAUUUUCAAAUGUGUUCUUUGUAAGACUUCGUUAUGGCUCAAGUAUAUCACUGAUGUAUUGUUUGCUAUUUGUUAUUAUUGCUAAUAUUAUUACUAUCAUUAUGUAUCUAUUGGAUUAAAGUCAGGGCUGUUACCUACAUGGGCUAUAAUAAGUGACACAUUUGCAGAUCACUCAGAUGUGUCCCUACAUUAGACUUAAGAAAUCUAUAACUGAGAAACGUAGCUUGAGCUUGGACACGGCUAUAAUAAACAAGAGUAUGUGUGCUUAAGGUGUCCAGCAUGUCUAAAGCAUAACCAGAAGUAUUAAAAAGCACUGAAGCCUCACUAUUGGUUAUGUUAAAAGCCACCAAAGGACUAAAAGGUAGGAGAGGUAAAACUUUAUCAAGCAUACUGGCCCCACGAAAUAGACUCCCAACUCACACCAGGUCACCAAAAUCCAGUCAAUUACACGCCAUCAGACACAGGGCACCACACAAGCCUGCAUCUUUGCCCUCUGUCUGUCCUGCAUCCAUAAAUAUUGUUUUAUUUUGGCACUAAUCAUGGAAAAUAGUCCUAUGCGUCUUCAGUAACAAUUUCUGCAUUACCACAUCUAUCUCACUUAUAUGUUGUUUGAUUUUUGUUAUUUGUCUUUUAUUUUUUAAUAGCUUUACAACAUAUUUCCAUUUAUUCGAUUUCUUCCUGGAGAUUACAAAAAGCUUACAACAAAUUUGAAAGAACUUUUUGCAUUUAUUAAAAGUACAUUUGUGGAACAUAUGAAGAAUUUAGACAUACUUGAUCCACGGAGUAUAGUUGAUGCGUUUCUAGUACGUCAAAAAAUGGUAAGUGUUAUAUGAACCUUUGGAGAGCUAACCAUCUGAGCACAUGGACCCACAUUUCUAUGAACUAACAUUUUUUUAUAUUGAUUGAUAUUAUCUACUGCUCAAAAUGCAAUAUCUAAAAAUAGCAUCUAAAGUGAAAAGAGAAUAUUAACUGUAUACAUUAGUGGCGUACUUGUUGGGGGCAGUCCACCCUCGGUGAUAGGCAGAAGAGGGUUGCACAGAGCAUCCUCUCCCAUCUGAGAAAGCCUACUGGAACAUUGCUGGCCAAGUAGCUGUCGUGUCUGCUCUGCUGCUGUCGUACAUGGAUGUGGAGGGCAUGACAAUGGGGCUUCUGGAAUAUUUCUGUGCUGAUUUUCCAUGUCCUUCUCGUGGUCUGUAAGUGAUGGAGCCAGCAUUUGAUGUUACCCCAGCUAUGGCAUCAGUAGAAAGCUUCUGGGAGCUGGGCAGUGAGUAGAGAGGCUGAUCCCAGCAACACACCACUGUACAUAAUGGACGAGGUUCCACUUUAGUUCUCCAUUUUUCACCUCACUGGUCAACCCACCACCCCAAAUAAAAAUAAAAUGAAAAUUAAGUGUGUGUGAGACUCUGUGUUUGUGUGGUAGUCUGUAUGUCUGUGUGAAUCUGUGUGUGUGUCUGUGUGAGUCAGUGAGUAUGCAUUUCAAUCUAUGUAUGUGUAUGAGUGUUUGAGUCUAAAUGUGUAUGAAUCUAUGUAUGUAUAUCAAUGUCUGGGUCUAUGUCUGUGCACAUGUCCAUGUGUGUAUAUGAAUGCACGUGUAUGUAUAAAUGUGUUUGUUUCUGUGUCCAUAUGUUUGUGUGUAAAACUUUGUCUAAUUAUAUCAAAGUGUGUGUCUUUUGUGUCCGUGGGUGUGUAUAUGAAUGUAUGUGUGUGUGUGAACAAAUGUAUUUUUGUAUGUGAAUGUAUAUGUGAAUAUGAAUGUGUAUGUGAAUGAAAGUAUGUGCAUGUAAAGAAAGUUGGGGUACAUAGUAAGAUACACACAAAACUAAAUAUACACUUGUGGGUGCAAAACACAUGUAUGGUCACCGUGCUGUGUAAACUAGGUCUUGGUCUCUAAAUCCAUAAUUACUACAGUUUUAUUUUACUUUCUAAAUAUUGCAGCAUUUAAAGGAAUACUGCAGAACAGAGUGCAAAUUUAUAAAGCCGGGAGGGAGCUCUCCUUGGUUCCUUUGAGCAAUAGCUCAAAGUAGAAGCUAUGCUUCUUGGAGAAGUAGUGAAUUCAAUGCUCACUCACGCACUCAAAAUCUUAUCACAUGCAGAUAUGUAGUUACUAAAUUUCAGUAUAAUACCAUUGCCAUCAAUGCAAGUGUUAGCUCUUUCUACUGAAAAUGUAAAACUGUAUUAUUUGCAGCAAGUAUCUUGUUGGAAAUGAAACCAGAAGAAGCAGCUCAUCCCUGUAGGUUUCUUUUGCAGAUUGGAUAAAUUUUCCCAUAAUUCCUACUAAAUUGAGUAUAUUAUAUUACAUUAAGCUUUAAUAUACAAACAUACGAUGUGCAAUGAUAAGAUUAGUGUUGUUUGUAUGACAAUUUUAAUUUAUUGUAUUUAAUUAAUACAGACUUAUGUGAUAUGAGAAACUUAUCAUUUGCCUUGAAUAUAUCCAAAAUCCCCAUGAAAUCCUUGUUUUCAUCAAGUAGUUAAAAAUUGAUGGGCUAGCUCUCCCAUUUGUUUUUGCUAGCCGCUCAAUGUUUGAAAGUAUAACAAAAAAUCAACAAAGAAGAGGAAAAAAAACAUAAAAAGAUAAUUUUACAAUGUGUUUUUUGAAAACCAUCAAUAGUUUUCCAAUUUCUGUGUUUUGAAAUCUUAGGAAAAAGAGAACGGUGAAUCAUAUUUUCACAAUGAUAACCUAUCCAGCCUUGUAAGGAAUUUAUUUUCUGCAGGAAUGGAGACAACUUCUACCACACUCCGCUGGGGUUUGCUUUUAAUGAUUAAGUACCCACAUGUUCAAGGUAUUCAUCAUCAUUAUUUUACUUUUUAUUAUUUCUGUAAUCAUUAUCUUCUUGGACAGCAUAUUAAUUGAGUAAUUCUGCUUAAUGGAGGAUUGUAAUAUAAAUGGUGUCCAUAUAUGGAUGACAGUCAUGUGUUGAGUGUGUCAACUGAUGUACUCAUCCAAUGAAUAGAGAAUUCAUAUUGCUAAUGUGGAAUUGUAACUUCCAUAACAGCAAACUGCUGAGUGAGAGUCUAGACUGGGUUACAGCGCAGCCCUUGCCUUCGCCAAACAGUCAUACUUUUUCUCUCUCAUUAGUUUGUGCUCCUGGAAUCCCAGGCAUCUCUUUGACACCUUUAACUCUCUUCGCCCCUCAAACUAACCUUACAGCCGAGAGCUUUGCAUGCUACUUUACCGACAAGAUUGAACAGCUAAGGAAAUAAUGCAUCCCUCCCUGCCUUACUCUUUCUCAACCACAUGUAGAUCAUGCCUUUCCUAACCUUCAGACUUUCUCCCUGGCUACUGAACAAGAGGUGGCUGCGCUUCUCCUUUCCUCUCGCCCCACACUUGCCCACUUGAUCCUGUCCCAUCUCACCUUAUCAGAUCUCUCUCCCCUUGUCUUAUGCCUUUCUUAACACACAUCUUCAACUGCUCUCUUUCUUCUGUCAUUGUCCCUGCUGACCUUAAACAUGCUACUGUAGUACCUAUCCUGUAAAAAACAUCCCUCGACCCAUCAACCCCCUCUAACUAUUGUCUCAUAUACCUGCUCCCUUUUUCCUCAAAGCUUCUGGAAAGACUUGUCUUUACCCAUAUGUCUCACCUGAAUUCCAACUCUCUCCUUGACCCUCUUCAAUCUGGCUUCUGCCUCCUCCACUCUACUGAGACUGUUCUUAUCAAAGUUACUAAUGACCUAAUCACAGCUAAAUCCCAAGGCCACUAUUCCAUACUAAUACUUCUUGACCUCUCUGCUGCCUUUGACACCAUUGAUCAUGCUCUCCUUCUUCAAACUCUUCAAUCACUCAGUCUCUGUGACACUGUCCUCUCUUGGUUUUCCUCCUAUAUCUCCCAACGCUCAUUCAGUGUCUCCUUUUCUAAUGAUACCUCCUCCAUUCAUCCUGUCUCUCUUGGAGUCCCCCAAGGCUCUGUCCUUGAUCCCCUUCUAUUUUCUCUUUAUACUGCCUCUCUUGACAAUUUUAUUGCCUCAUUUGGAUUCCAUUACCACCUGUACGCUAAUGACACCCAGCUAUAUCUCUCCUCCCCAGACCUCUUCCCUACCAUCCUGCAACGUGUCACCGCUUGCCUUUCCUCCAUCUCUGACUGGAUGUUCUCCCGCUUUCUAAAACUCUCUAAAGUGGAACUCCUUGUCUUUUCCUCCUCCUAAUACAGAUCCUCUUCUUUUGCUAUUCAAGACAGUGGUAUCCACAUCAGUCCAUCCUUGCAAGCUUGCUGUCUUGUCAUAUUUGAUUCUAGCCUCACCUUUGAGCCUCACAUCCAGCAUAUUACCAAAUCCUGUAGAUUCCAACUUAAAACAUAGCCCUUAUGCAAGAUGAUACAAAAGAGCUUGUUCAUGCUCUAGUAAUUUCUCCAGGGAUUAUUGUAACCCUCUCCUAAUUGGUCUUCCCAAAAACUGUAUUGCCCCACUACAGUCUGUAAUGAAUGCUGCUGCAAGACUAAUUUUCCUCUCUAGUCGAUCCUCUCACACCUCACCCCUUUGUCAGUCCUUACAUUGGCUUCCUGUAUCCUAUAGUCAUUUCAAUUAGUCAAUUCAAAAUGCUAAGUCAUACCUAUAAAGCAUUGAUCAAUUCUAGCCCCUCUUAUAUCUCUUCACAGAUCCAUAGGUAUGCCCCCUCUCGGUCUCUCUGAUCUGCCCGUGACCUUCUCCUGUCCAUUACUCGCAUCCGUACGGCCAACUCACACUUGCAGGACUUCUUGCGGGCAGCUCCCUUUUUAUGGAACAGCCUGCCUACCGCCAUCAGACUCUCCCCUAGUCUUCAAUCAUUUAAGAAGUGCCUUAAAACCUAUCUAUUUAGGAAACCUUAUGGCCUUCCAGAGUAAUCUCUACCUUACAUACCUGUCUCUUGCUCUCUCCUGAAGGGCAGCACUCUACUCUCUCCUCCAGCUCUACUUCACUCCCACCUAUUUUGAUUGCUAUUCUCUGUCCUAUUGUGUUUUACACCCCACCUCCUAUAGACUACAAGCUCGUUUGAGCAGGGUCCUCUUCAACCUAUCGUUCCUGUAAGUUUUUUUGUAAUUGUCCUAUUUAUAGCUAACUCUCCCCUCUUAUAAUAUUGCAAAGCGCUACGGAAUCUGUUGGUGCUAUAUAAAUGGCAAUAAUAAUAAUAAUUGACCAAGGUUCUUCAAGCUAUGGUGCUCCAUAUGUUGCUGAACUAUAACUUUCAUGAUCCCUUGAAUGAAAUAGACAACUAGAGAAUCAUAGGAGUUGAAGUUCACCAACAUCUAGAGGGACAGAUUUUGGAGAACCCUGGUCUAAAUGAUAGGCACCCGGGGGAACCUAGAUUUUGUGUCAAGCCACAUAGCCCCUUCACUGCAAGUGACAAUGUCAAUACAAUACCAUCCACUGCAUUUCAACAUUUCUAAAGAUCAAAUGAUCCCACCUUGUUAUACAAAUUAAGGAUGCCCCCAAGUGAUAUGUGACAUCACAUGCAAUGAGAAAAUCUAUUUAUUGUGAAGGUGUUGUGGGAGGCAAUAUCCUGCAACCAAUUUUAAGGCCAAAUACUCAAAUUCAACUCAUAUAGAGAGCUUAUAAAUUGAUAGUCUUGUUUUCCAGAAAUUGUCAUUAUUACAUAAGCCAGUAAGAAGUCCUACUGAGAUACCAAAACAUAUACAGCGACGUAUUAAGGAGGGCAUUAAACAUAAAAAAUAUUUUACUUUGAUUCUAUAAAUUAAUUAUGAUGUGAUGGAGAAUGAUAAUGUAUUUAUUGUUGCUAUGUCUAGAGAAGGUCCAGGAAGAGAUUUCUCGAAUAAUUGGAUUAGCCAAUCCCAGUUACAAUCAUCGUGCAGAUAUGCCAUACACCAAUGCAGUGGUACAUGAAAUACAGAGGUUUGCUGAUGUGGUUCCAUUGAACGUUCCUCAUGAAACCACAAAAGAUGUCAUAUUUAAAGGAUAUUUUAUUCCUAAAGUAAGUUUAUUUAACAUAUACUGUAUUCAGAUUUUACUAAAUUGGCUAUAUUUGCAUUUGAACAAGAAUACUCUUUCUAUGUCUCGCGAUAAUUUGUACUGUAUUUUUGGGGAAAAGUUGAUAUUAGGCAUUAGAGAGCUGUGGAAAUAUUAAGAAAGUUAUACUUCAAGGGAAAUUCCAGACCACUAAAGGACAUCAGUUUGCUGAAAUGCUUUAUGUGUGAAGAAUGAACCUGAAUGUGUGCAUUGAGUAGAACAGUUGAGUUUUUUGGUUGCUAUUCUGACGCUUUUAAAAACUUUUGGAGAUGUAAAGUAAUUUUGGAGGUGGUCUACAUUUCAAAAGUUAUUAACUUUGGCAAAAUAACUCUGCUUUUUUACUGCAAUUUAUACCAAAUUUACCAUCUAUAAAUUUGUCACUACAUUAUUAGAGUUUAGUGAAAGCUUCCGUAAAUCGGCCCAGGCAGCAAGUAAAGUGUGUGACAUUUGCUCUGUUUUAUUACUUGAAUAUGACAACAUUUUAACCUACCGCACAGAUCCCAUCUUUUCACAUGUUAAUAUUUGGAAUAUCCUGAGUUAGAAAGGAUGUGCUGACAUCCCUGUUUCCACUUUAAACAAUGAAAAGGAAAGCAGAGCAUAAAGCCAUAUUAAAGUUUGUGAUGAAGGGUACUUGAUGACAGGUUGCCUACUUUAAUAAUUUGUGGGCUCUUAAGCUAUCUAUAAUAGGAUACAUUUCCCUAUAUAUUUCACAUUAUAUAUAUUGCUUAUUAUUUAUGAUCACCUUUAAAAAGCCCUUGUUUCCCAUUUUUUUAUCGCAGGGAACAUAUGUUAUUCCAUUGCUUACAUCUGUUCUGAGAGACAAGACACAAUUUGAUUAUCCAGAGGAAUUUAAUCCAAAUAACUUUCUUGAUUCAGAGGGGAAUUUCUUAAAAAAAGAUGCCUUCAUUCCAUUUUCAGCAGGUAUGUGUUUUAAUUUAAAAAAAAUAAAACCAAUUAUUUGUUCUUGUUUAAUAAUAACUUGCUGCCGAGUGAUUUCUUCACUUGUUUUCUUUCUGCUUCUUAAGGCUAUGUUGUAGCAAGAUCCCUUUGUUGUAAGUCAUAAGUUAAAAACACUACCCAAAUCAAAAUUUGAUCAUAAUGACAUAAUUGGCUACAGAGGUUUAUUUACAUCCUUAGUUAACAGGCGAUGCUGGGUUAAAGAACUGAGAAUCCUCCAUUAUAUCUUUCUACUUUAUCUUUUUUUUCUCCUAUGCUAAUACCUGCAACACUAAAGGUGAGAUGUACAGUCCUCAACAAAAUAGAAAUCACCACCUAUAACACUCACCAAAGGCACUAUGGUAUUGCAUGUUUGGUUUGCAUAUGGUUGUUAAUGUUAAUUUAUAUUCAUACUAAAAAAAAAUCCUUGUCGUCAGAGUGCAUAUUGUACAUACAGAAAACCGAUGAUCCAUCACAAUAGCAACGGUCAUGUAUGACGAUUCAAAUUGUAAACCUUGCUUGUAGGAUACAUAAUGUGUUCAACUUGCCAAUAUCCUGUACUGUGUGACUUGAUAUAUGUCUGAUGGGAAACCAAAAAUAAAGAAUAAAAAAAGAUUGCGUGACAAGGUUGGCAGCUACCCCGUACCUACCCAGCAGAUGAUAUUGACCCUUCCCCAUAAUUUAAAGACAUUAAUUUUAGUUUGUUUAUAACAAAAACUGCAAACAAAUUGAAAAGAAAGAAAAUGUAUGUUGCUGUGUUCUCUCCUGUCUGCAAUGACACUCGGACCACAACUAACCAUGGAUAUAACAGAAACCUAAUAAAUGCUAGGUAGGCUGAAUCUUAUGGUCUGGACACUGCAGAUACCUACAGGUAAAUAGCAUAUGGAAACUGCUAUGUUUGCAUCUGAAGGGUUAAAACCUGAGGGACCUAGCACCCAGACCACUUCAUUGAGUGACUAUAGUGUCCCUUUAACACCUUGAUCACUACAUUUUACUGUUAUUAAGGUUUUGAUCAGUACUACACCAUAGCUUAGUGAUCUAAAACAAAUAAAUAACAAUCAAUAUAUACACAUUGCAGCUAGAGAUUAUGGUUUCAAAUAUCAUACUGCACAGAUGGUGAUGUAAUUUAUGAAAUUAUUCCUCGCAAUGAGCGGGGAAUAAUGAAUGGAUCACCUCCAUGUAGUCUGGUGGCCAUACUCAUAUAAGGCCCGUUCAGGUCCUGGUCUUGGACAUGACAGUUUUAAAAUACAAAGUUUAGCAACCUCUCCUAGUUAACAAUAUAAUCCAAAAGACCCCAUAUUCUUUUUAUUCAUGCACUUAUAUAUGCUAGUGUUAAAGAGAUGAUGGACUUCCAUAUUUAUAGUGUUAAAGGACCACUGCAGACCGAACUUUAGCUUGUUGAAAUGCUUUAUAUGUGAUGAGUGUGUCCUCUUUGUUAUUUUAAAAAAGCUGCAAAUUUUAAUAGAAUUUGUAAAUCUAAUAAAUUAACCUUGUUACACCUCCCUGGCUGUUAUUCUGUGCCUGUUACUACCUGGAUUGUUCAGUAGAGCUAAGCUCUAGAGACAGGCAAUUGCCCAGUGCAAUUUCACCACAUUUUGAGCUCAUGAAGGGCCUGCCCGAAUUUUCAAAUUCCAAAACAAAGUCAUAAACCUAAAUUCCAUAUAAACUGAAUAGCCCAUCAUUUUGGGUGAUUCAAAUUUUUGGUUUGCUGUGGCUAAUGCUAGUAGGGACUGUCACUUAACACCAACAUUAAAUCAAUAAUUUACAGUUUGAGAGUUGUCUGAUAAAGGAACACUACAAGCACAAUUAUGUCUUCACUUUAUGUUUAACCAGCAAUAUUUGGUUUCAGUGUUUUUACCAACUUCAAGGACAACUAAUUUUAGCAGUUAUGGUUGUUCCAUCAUCAAUUAGUUAAUUAGCAGUGCAUUUUAACACUAUUUACUAAACAUUUCUAUCAGAUCACCUUAGAAGGCAUUUUGUGAUGCAUAUUUGAUUUGUUUAAAGCAAUUUUAGAAUUUAAGUUGUUGUUUUUUAAACAAUAUAGUAUAUGUAUAUAUAACCAAGUAUAUGCUCUGUAUGUACUGCAGGUCGCAGAGUAUGUGCUGGUGAAAACCUUGCAAGGAUGGAACUAUUUAUCUUUUUUGCAAGCUUACUACAGAAGUUCACAUUCCGCCUUCCUCCUGGUAUUACGGCCGUCAACCUUGAUACUCUAGUUGGAUUUACAAAUACACCAACACCCCAAAAGAUCUGUGCUAUAUCACGUUACUAAAAAAAACCAAGAUCUUGUGUGAACCUCUUUUAAUUCCAUUAGAUGAAUAACAGUAAGCUUGUAGAAAUUAUUCUCUAAUAUUAAUGUAAGACUUAGGUCCUGAGACCUCUUGAUGGCUAAGAUGCAUGUGUACUAAUGUACACAUGAGUUUAUUCAAAAACUUAGCAAUUGUUGAAAAUUGACAAAGACAUUUUAGGGGCAAAUAUACAGGAUGGAUAAAUAGCUAAGGCCUCAGUUUAAUAUUUUUGGAUAAGCUUUUAAAAUUAUUUAAUAUUUUUUUAUUAACUUUUAACACAGUUAUUUUCAAAAUAGUAACGUAACAAAAAUAUAUAAUGUAUAAAAAAAUAAUAUUAAUGAAUCAAAAAU